ACUUUUGGACUGCACAGAUGAAAUGAGAACAAUUCACGGUAAUGGUAAGGGUCAGGCUUAACUUUAACAAGGUAGAAAAAAAAUGGAACUCUAACCUUACAGUUUUCCUGUGUAGAUGUGAUACACUUAUUUUUUUUACUUGCUAACCUACAUAUGAAUAGUGAAAUUCUGGGCGAUUUAAAUUCUGAGGAUUUAAACCCGUCUCCUGGGUCCUCAUCCAACAGACUAACCACUUAGGUUAAAGAUAUUUGUAGCAACCCAGGAAGCAUGGUGGGGUUUCUCCUUAUUUACUUGCGUCUGUUUAUCUCAUCACACAAGUUCCACUUGGUCACUUUAAUUCAUGAUUUCAUAGUUCCAAGUACAGUGGUACCUCCGGUUAUGAACUUAAUUUGUUCCGGAAGUCUGUUCUUAACCCGAAACCGUUCGCAACCCAAGGUAACUACUUCCGGGUUAGCAGAGUUUGUAACCCGAAGUGUUCGUAACCCAAAGUGUUUGUAACCCGAAGUACCACUGUAAAUAUUUGCCAGUUACACAAAUACAGCUGAAAGGAUAUGAGAAAGAGCUCUGAUACACAAUGACAACCUGUGCUCCAUUUCUAUUUCAGUGGGCUGAAACUGGUCUCAAUUCUGAUACUCUAACCACUACUACACCCACCCACACCCACCAGAAUGGGCGCCUUUGAUUUGUGUGGAAAAAAUCAUGUUAAAUGAAUGAACCAAUGCUUUAAAUGUUUGUGGUGGUGGUGUUUUUAAAGACACCUGGAACUGUUUUGAGUGCUCUAAUUCUACAUUUGCAUUUAAAUAAUCUUAAAAAUCAAGGCUUAGUAUCAGUGUUUUAUUAAUUUACAGUUUUAUUAAUUUAAAAAGUUUAAAUAUAGUGGUACCUCGGGUUACAUACGCUUCAGGUUACAGACUCCGCUAACCCAGAAAUAGUACCUUGGGUUAAGAACUUUGCUUCAGGAUGAGAACAGAAAUCGCGCAGCAGCAGCGGGAGGCCCCAUCAGCUAAAGUGGUGCUUCAGGUUAAGAACAGACCUCCAGAACAAAUUAAGUUCUUAACCUGAGGUACCACUGUAUUUUUUUUACUAUGGCAUGUUUAACUGUCUUUAUUUUUUAUUCAGAAUAGUUUCUUUUCUCUUAUUGUAUUAUGAAAAAAAAGAUGCAAUGAAAUCAUACUCAAAACAAACAAUUACUGCCUGUAACGCAUCGCCAUCCCAUGGAACGCAUUCCUGGGGGAAAAGCUUUUUCCUGGGUACUAAAACAUUACUGCGCUUUUUGAGUUAUCAGGAAAAAACGUGACCUGCCGGUAAACAAAAGACAAUGUGUGCGAAUCACCUGCAAAUAAUUAAAUAUAAUGGCGAACGCAGGUUAGCACUGCCUUCCACCCUUGGAAUUAGAAGAGUGCGUACAGGUGUGAGCGCGCGCGCGCGCGCAGGGCAACAAAGGGCCAGCGGCAGUCUCGGGUGACUCGUGUGCUACCUGAAGAGGAGCCACCUGAGAUCAGGCCUCGGAAGUUUCCCGCGCGAAACCCCGACCGGGCACCGUCGUCUGCAGAGAAUGCCUCGCGCUCCACGGACAGAGGCCCGAAGUUUGGAGCCACGCCGCUGGAGAGGCGUCGGCCCUCGGCUCUCUCUCUCUCUCUCUCCCGCGGGGCAAAUCCCCUCUGCCCUGUAAACAGGGACCCAAGGGGUGUGUCCGGGCCGGGCGGAGCCGGAGGAGGGCGAAGCUGCAAACCCCACCCCAGGCGCCGCUGCCGCUCCCCCCACAGCUGACAGUCGCUGCUUGCAGCCUGCCCUGCCGGGAGCGUCGGCCAGGGGAGGGGAGAGGGCAGCCGCGGGAAGCCCGCCCUAGCGGGGCUGCGCGCGUGUCCUGCCGCCGCUCGCCUCGCUCCACUCCGGCCGCUCUUCCUCCCGCCAGCGCCUCUCCCAUGUGCUGCCAUGCGACCUCCGGCGUCCCGCUCCGGGCUGGGCGCCUUGGCGCUCGUCCUGGUAGCCUGCGCCUCUCUCUGCACAGGUAAGGAAAAACAGUGGGGGGGGGGUCGGGAUCUGGAGAGGCGGCGGGAUACCUGUUUCUUCUUCGCGUGGGACAUGUGGCGGGGCGGUUCUGGCUUGGAAACUUUGUGUGUGUGUGUGUGUGUGGCUUUUCUCCCAGGAAACUGCCCACUCGGUCUGUGCGCAUGCUCUCUGCACGUGCCCAGAGGCAUUCGCCCCCAUCCCUUUGGUCCACUUACACGUACUUUUUUAAAAAAAAAUAUUGACUAGGUCCUAGGAUGAAAUGGCUGUGUUGCAAAAGAACGAUUUGGGUGAUUAAAUCUUGUGCGUAAGUGAAAGAAAUGUGACUAGAAUGAAAAAUUGCUUGAAUGGCUCUGUUGCCAAAGAACGGUUUGGGUGUUAAAUCUCAUGCAAAUAUACUCAAAGGGUGUUUGUUUGUUUUCAACUAUUCUUUUAAAAAAGGAAGGGAAAGGAAUAAAGCGCCCGUGAAUGGGGUUGGAGGAGAGUCCCAUAAGAUCGGUCAUUGGAGAGCGGCUCCAGGUUUGAUCCUCCUGAACUCGGCUUAAUAUAAAACCUUUUGGGUGGUGGCUACGAUUCUGAGGGCAAAGGCCAGUUAGAGUUGACGGCAGGGAACUGUAUAUAUAUAUAUAUUUUUACAGAGCGUGUCUUUUCGGUUUACAAACUCAGCUGACUGAUUUAAAUGGCUCUGGGAUCUAUUCUGCCAGAAGUUACAAUCCAGAGGUUCUUCCUCCCUGGUUGUAGAUGUAGAGGGAGCACUUGGUUGUUACUUAGGGCGAAGGGCGUUCUACACAUUCCUCAGAAGUAUUACUUCAUGGGAUUCAAGGUUUAACCCUGGGGUUGAAACAUGCUUGGGGGCAGGGCCCCUGGAUUCAUACCUUCACAACUUCAUGUUUCCUUUAUUUAUGCAACUUUUGCUGCACUUGCACAUAGAGCAUUUUGCUUGAAAGGAAUUUGGGACCGUUUGCUAUUGCACCAGUUGAGGAAUAGGAGUAUAUUUAUAGACUGGGAAUGAACUGGGUUUUCUAAAGACUUGCAAUUAAAUCCCUUGCAUUUUGAGUUUGAUCUGGUUGGUACUCCUUGACCACCGAAUGGUUUCUAGUAUAUUUUAACUUGCUGCAUCAAGUGUAUGCAUAGCUGUCAACUUUCAGAUUUGAAAAUAAGGGAUCAGCAGCCUCGAAAAUAAGGGAUCACCAGCAUAGCUGUCAACUUUCGGAGUUGAAAAUAAGGGAUCAGCAGCCUCACCUGUCCCGGAGACAGUCUAUGGGAUAUCUAACAAUCUGGGAUAGCAGCAGGAAGCAGUGGGAAAUGGCACUGAAAUAAGGGAAUUUCCCGCAAAAAAAGAGAAGAUUGACAGCUAUGAGUGUAUGCUUGCUCUGAACUUCUAACAUGGAAGAAAAAAGUGUAACCCUGCAAUCCUAUACAUGUCUACUCCGAAGUUAGUGAUUUCAGUGAGAGUGAGGCUUACUCACAGGUAAGUGGGGUUAGAAUUUCAGGUUGAAACUUGUUUCAAAUUGAACUGAUAUGGUCCAGUUAUUUUCUCUCUCGCUCUAUGAGACAUCCCAAAGUGGUGUGUAGAACUCUGGUUCAAAUGCAUGCUUCCCCCCCUUAAACCCACAAAAAUCUAUUUAUGUGUGUAGGGUUCCAUCAGUGUUGCUCUUCUUAGUAUGUUCUCAAAAUACUCUCAAAGGUGGGGGGAAAAUCAUCUUAUGUUAGUUGUGAUAUCCACUGUGUUGGAACGAAUGGGCAGGCAGGCAUAGAGGCAAUCCACUCGUAUUAGGCACCAGUUCAGUAUCUAAGCCACAUCUUUGGUGCACAGUGAGCAAAUGGUGCUGUAAUUGGUUGGAGAGAGACAGAGAGUGCUUUUGGGGAAAUAUUGCCUUAGGUGAGAAAGAUGGGCUCCGAGGGAUGUGGGGAAAGGACAGGUUUGGAGAGCGGAGGUUGUGUCUCUGGCAGUUUGGGGUGCAUCGCGUGCAUGACAGUUAGGAGGAAAUAUAGCAUGUGGCAGGUUUUCAGGAUUAUGAAGAGCUGGUCUUUUGUUUUUUAACAGAAUGCUAUGGGAGCAGUGUUCUGGGAUAAUAUGCAGAGGAGAUGUUUGUUGGAUAGGGGCUGCUGUAUCAGAGUUGUGGGAGGAGAACCACUUGGGAAAAACAGACUGAGGACAAUGGGUUUGAGUUUGAUACAUAAAGGGUGUGAAUGCAAUUAAUGUGCACAGAUUUUAUGUAAAUGGGAACGAGCCUGGCAGUCCUAGCAAAAAUCAAACCUCCAAAACGACUGUUUGCAUUUCAGAGGAAAGCUCCCAUUGGUGCAAAUGGAGGCACCAUUUUUGGAAAUGCAAAUAGCAGUUUGAGGGGCAGUCCUCUCACCCCCAAGUACCAGGAGACAAGAUAGAAGUAAAUUUCCCAUACUACCUCCAUAGCCUUGAGGAUGCCCAGGCUUUCCUUUGUACAAAACAGUAUGUCCAUUAGCACAGAGCUUGGAUAACUCAGUUGGUUAGAACAGGGUCCUCAUAUCACCAAAGUUGCAGUUUCAAUCCCCAUAUGGGACAGCUGCCUAUUCCUGCAUUGCAGGGGGUUGGACUAGAUGGUCCUCAGGGUCCCUUCCAACUCUCCGAUUCUAUAAUUGCAUUUACACAGUGCUGAACCCUCUCUAAGCUAUUUUGCUGCUCUAAGUCACUCUGGUGCAUGUUGUUUUAUAGGGUGGUAUGUGUCUUGCUCAGGUCUGUUUCCUGCAAAUGAACACAACAAAUGCUUUUUUGACUUUGCUUUCCAUACAAAUGAACACAACAAAGAGAAGGGGCACUUCAGAUCUUUGGGGAAUUUGCAUGAAAUGAAGAGCAGUGGGGUGCAAUCAGGAAAAAACAGGAGAGGUGGUGAGGUGGACCCGAUUGCUUCCAUGUCUAAACCUGAGUUCUCUCAAGAAGAUUUUUCCAUAAGAACAUAUUUGCAUGAACUUGGAAUUCUAAUGUAUAUUGGCAGCAGAGCUAGAUGUAAUACAUUCUAAAUAUACGGAACAAGUUUGUGCCAAGGUAACCCACAUUCUAUGCCGAAAAUGUGGAAUUCUAUAAUCUGUAUAGAUUAUGGAAAGUCAGAAAAUGUUGCAAAUAAGCUUCUGGCAAUUUCACCAAAUGUUGCAUACUCUGGAAAACCUAUCUUCACACCUGUGUGGCUCUCCUCUUGUUCCUUUUUUGAACACCGAAAGCUGAUAGCCAAAACAUGCUGAAUAUUUUCAACCUAAUAUCAGAUUCCACACUUGUAUUAUAUAGAGACGAUAAGUACUAGGUUUAAUUACUGUGGUGCAUGGCAUGAAUGUUUAUAUGACCCAAAGUGUUUGUGCGAUGUAGAUGCUUGCGUGUCAACAGUGGUAGAAGUAAGAGCAAAAUCCUUUAUAAAUAAUUAUGAUGUGUGCCACUUCUAAUGCAAGGCGUCUGAGGCAGACACAAUUCCAGUAAAAAAAAAUUGUGGGGAGGGUUUGAAUGCAGUUUGGUAUGUAUGUGUGUGAGGGGUUAGAGCAGAGAUAGGGAACAUGUGGCCCUCCAGAUGUUGUUAAACUACAACUUGUAUCAGCCCUCAUGGCCAGUGGCCAGAGAUGAUGGGAGUUGUGGAGGGCCACAGGUUCCCCAUCCCUGGUUAUAGAGGACCCUGGUUACACUGAGAUAGGUGCAUUCAAAGUAUCAGCACUGGUUGUACAAUACCCUUUUCUCAUGGUCACUUAGCUUUAUUCUGUGUGUUCAAAUUCAUAUUACAGUGGUACCUCAAGUUACAUACACUUCAGGUUACAUACGCUUCAGGUUACAGACUCCGCUAACCCAGAAAUAGUGCUUCAGGUUAAGAACUUUGCUUCAGGAUGAGAACAGAAAUCGUGCUCCGGCGGCGUGGCGGCAGCAGGAGGCCCCAUUAGCUAAAGUGGUGCUUCAGGUUAAGAACAGUUUCAGGUUAAGAACGGACCUCCGGAACGAAUUAAGUACUUAACCCGAGGUACCACUGUAUUUUAAAAUUUGAGGUGCCACGUAAAGUCCAGAAAGCAAGCCUGCGCAUAAAUGUACGUGACAAGCAUGUGUUCUCCAGAUAGUUAAUUGCAUAAUUCAACUGGAAUACCAAGUCUGUUUUCUCCCUGCUUUUUUCUUUUUUUGCUUCCAAGAGACCAGGGGUUCGCAUCUAUUCAUUCAUAAUAUUUCCCAUUAUAUAUAACUUCUCCUUUCCCCCCCAAAUCAAAGAUAUAAUUCAUACUCCCUCCACUUUCCUCAGUCUAUUGUCCGUAUAGUGUUGACAGCUGCUUGUAGCUGAUGUGUCUUCAUUAUUAUUUUUUCAGGGAUGUUAAGGAGCUUAGUGCAUUUAAUUAUAAUCAAUGUAUACAUUCAAGAACUAGGUCAAUUAGGUUUUAAACGGAAUAACCAGUCAAAAGCUAUUAGGUAGGAUGGGUUCAGUCCAAGUUGUUAUGAUACGGAGGCGUCGUACGAGAAAAUACGAGUCCAUUGACUUUUAUUGUUGAGUGCAAAUACAGGGGCUUCAAACUUACUUUCUGAAUAACUCUUGGUUCUUGUGUCUUAAAAUUUUGUAUAUUUACAUAACUGGGAAUAUGGUAACUGGCACAUCAGCAUUUAUUUUGAUGGUGUGAUGAGCAACAUCAGUGAACAUGGCACUUCUACCAUGUAGCAUUCAUGACAGAAGAAUAAAAGUAUACAGUCCAAAUAUUACCAAUCUACAGUAAGCCCACUAUUUACGUGCAUUUAACUUGCAUGCUUCAGCUUUGUGCACGUGACAAAAAAAGUAGUUUAUUUUCAAGGGGAAGAAAGGGAGCAAUGUUCUGGGAAACAUAGCUUGGGCAAUCCCACCUGCCAUUUAAUCCAAUGGGUUUUGAUUAUACAUGAUUUUGCCUUUAGGCGCCUUCCCUGGAAUAUAACCCUCACAUAAAUUGCAAGUUUAGUAUAUACUGGGAGAUACAAAUUCCAUGGGAUUUCUGGGAAUAAAACUGGUGUAAGUUGCACGGCUCAUUAAUAAUUUAAUGUUCUCUGGACUGUAAACAAACCCAUUUACAAGCCAUUCUUUUGGCUUGGACAUCCCAUAAACCAGGGCACUACCAAUGAAAAAGCCCUUUCUCCUGUAGCUGCCUGUCACACCUUAUUUGGCAGAGGCACCUGAAGAAGAGCCUCUGAAGAUGACCUCCAGAUCCAGGUACAUCAGUGAUAGCCAACAUGGUGCUCUCCAGGAAUUUUGGAUACAGCACCCUGCAUCUCUGAUGGUUGGCUACUACUGCAAUAGGGAUAUACAGGUGACUUUCCACUUAUGGGGGAGUUACGGUCCAGGGCCUGUAAAUGAGGAGCAUGGCUAGGGAGGAAACCCACCCAAAGGACCUCUUUGGGCUCUGGGGAGCAUCUCCUUAUGAGCUGGGGGCACAGUGAGGCUUGGUUGACCAGCCCAGCUGACACCUGGAGAAGAGGCUUCCCCACCUGUCAGCUAUGCCAGUUCCACUACCUUUCUGGCUCAUGUGAGUUGCAGGGACAGUGGGGUUGGUUGACCAAGUGCUCCCCAUUUCCAGGUACCCAGCACCAGACCUGUGUGUGGUCACUCGCAAAUAGAAUGCGUGUAAAUGGGGAAGGUGCCUAUAUGGGAAGUAGUGGUCCUUAGAAUUUGAAUUGGUCCUGCAAACAGACUGGCAGCCAGUGAAGAUGGAGAAGCACUGGCAUAAUUUGGUUCUUUUCACCCACUCCAUUUAUUGCCAUUUAUGUUGACAACUUUUUGUGUUCUCCUCACCUCCCGUUAGUGCAGAAGGGAAUACAUACCUGGACAUAAUUGGAUGCCAGAAUAUGCUGCUUUUGGUAAUAAUGUGCCUCUAUGGACGACUUCACUCAUUACUGGGUGGUGUUUAUUUUAAAGAUAGUACUUCUAUGAUGUUUUAAAAAUAUAAGCUGUGAAUAUGACAUGCAGAUGUUUUGAAGUUACCACAUAUUGUAUCGUAUCUUCAUCAAAGCCUUGACCCCUUGUUGAGGGUAAAUUCAGUGGCAAAUCCAGAUUCCUUACAUGUUCAGCCAUCUGUAAUUCAGAAUAUAAAGAAAAAAGAUGACGUGGAAAGUAAGAUCACUGAUGACAAAGCAGGCCUUUGAUGCACUGCACUGCACGUAUCUGAGAGACAGUCUCGAUGUGGGGAAAAUUGCCUAGGAAAGGUUGAAGAGAGGAAAGAGCAAAACAGAGCACUGCCCUGUAUUUAUUGCUGUUUAAUAUGACCCUUGAGUUGACUUUGGUAAAGCAAGAAAAAUAAAAAAAGUCCAAGGGUUUGAAGCUAUAUGAGGCACAUGCCAGAAUAAACAUGAUUAGAUUAACAUAGUCUCACCUCCUUUGUUUCCAGACCAGAACACUUUGCUAGCCAUCUGCUUUAAUGUUUGCAGUAUAUGCUCAUGCCUCAGGAGGGCCAAAGUCUUGCAGAAGUUUAAAACAACUGCAAGAGUGUCACUUGACCUGCCCAGUCUUUUAAGUUGGUAGGAUCAACAUGCCUACAAUCACGUCUGCCCAAUUCUGGUUAAUAUAUUUUCUUUGCUUUAGAUCAGAUGCGGAUGGUAAAGCAAAAUGUUUUUCUCUUUCAGUUUUGGAUACAAAUGUGCAAUCAAUGGAUGCACCUAACAGGAUCCAGCUGCAUCUGCAAUAAUGCUUUUUAUGUUAUUAUUAAGCCAUGAGAGUCUUUAAAUGCACUUCAUUUACCAAAGUAACCUCACAGUUCCCUCGGGCUCUUACCCUAACAAUGCAUCCACUAUUCUAUAGGUGUUUGGACCCCAUAGAAAUCAGGCUUGUACACACUGUUCUGCCCAAUAUAUAAUAAACAAGGAGCUUUCAGAAUCAGUUUAAUGAAUGGAAGAUCACAGUAACCUGUUCAGUAAUGUUUUGCAAUCUAACUGGCUUUUGGGUGCCAGAAUAGAAAAAUAUGAAUAGCUAUUUCAGUCUCAUAUGUUGGAGGAGAGAAGAUAAGUUGAAUGGCAAAUGAUAUGGGAAUAGGCAUGAGUCAUUUUGCAUGUGAAAAAUAUUGUUGUUUUAUGGAGAGAGAGAUGAGACUAAAAUAGAAGUGCUUUUGCCAACCCAUAAAUCAUGGUAUAGAAAAAUGCGGCAAACAAGCAUAUGACACGAGCCGAGUUACUAUGAGAUGUCCUUUCAAAAUCCAUUAAGCUUAUCUGUAGACCUUCUGGGCAAAAACUAGCAAAUGUCUUCUUAUUUAAGACCACAUUUUUAGUUUAAAGAUUAAAAGGCACAUUGCUGACUUUUAUAAGCAAUAGUCUAGCCUUUUCAGGCAGAGGCAUACACAGCUCAUCUGUGUAAAUGAUAAUGCUGGAUUGCAAAGUGGAUGGUCAUUCGGAUAGGCUCUGUUGAAAACUGUUCUACCUAGGUGUGAGGGUGUGUACACACACAGCUUCUUCCAAUCCCCGGUCAGUCUCCAGAGCAGUUUUUCCAUCUUGAACCACCACUAUCCCCCACUCCACAAAGGUGAUGGAAGAAUGUUUGAAUGAAAGUAUUCUUGGUGCUUAUGAAAGAAAAGCUGGAUAGCCCGAUGGGAGAAUGGGGUAAAGGACAAGACUGACAACCAAAUUUGGUUUUCAAAUUGCUUGUGUGUCUUGUCAACCAUGUCGCACAGGUGACAGGAAGGUGUGCUCACCUGCCAGGAGCCGGAAUCAGGUGCAGGUCAGCAAUAAUAAUAAAAAUACUGUGUCGGUGAAGUUAACUCUUUAUUCUAAGAAGCCAAAACAGCCUAGCGAUCUCAGCAAUUGUUCCCAGUAAGUCUUGUCCACAGAAUGUUUUUAAAACGGAUGUUCCAAAAUGGGAUGGGGGCAGGAAUGUUUUAGUGAAUGUGCAUAGGGAAGAACAGGAACAUGAUAGCAGGACCUGCCCUGCCCUACAUGGAUUUUUGCUAGAUUGUCUGGGUUCCCACUUCUACAGCAUGUAUGGUUGAAGGGCAGGUGAAAGAGAAGGAUAGUAAAGUUUGCUGAAGUAUGAAACAUCUUUUUGGGGGAGGGGGUGCUGAAGAGAGGAACUUGCCAUUAAUGACUGAGCAUCGUCAGUGGGUGGUUGCAUAAUUCGAGAGUUGAGGUGAGAGAAGGGUCAGUGCAGUACCUGUGAAAGGGCAUGGCUGGCUAGCAAGAAUCCUUAAGCACUCCACAUAACAACAGCUUGUUAUAGACCCCCAUUUGUGUUCCAUACAAAAUAAGCAUUUUCCUUUUCUGUCUUCACCUUGACAACAAAAAGGUCUGAGUAAUUUUAUUUGUUCAUUACAGCUAACAAAUUCAUGAAUGGUAGUUUCAUUCAGGCAAAUAUUUAGUGGCAAAUAGUCACUAAAAUACACUGAAUAACUUUAAAAGGCUAUGGAAAAUUAUAUGCUUUUAUAUGCUUUUAGGAAGACAGGAUUUGGUUUAAAUAUAGAUGCAAUUUUGAAAAUAUACCUCAAUUUAACUUGAAAGGACCCAGUUAAACAAGCUGCACGCACACGCGCACACACACACACACACACACACACACAUCCUUUCCCCAAAGGACUAUUAGAACUGUACUGAUGGAAAACAGAUUCAAUUCUCAGCAGGUGUAACUGCAGUCAUCAAGCAAGCGUGUUUGUGUUUGUAUUUAACAAGAUUUAAAAGGCAUGUUCUGCAUCAUAACUCAAGUAUUGGCUUGAUGCAUAAUGCAAAAAUACUCUAAUUCUAAGAAUAAAGUAUUUGGUACAGAUGCUGAAAAACUUUUUGCACCAUGAGGUUUAUUGGCACUGAUGUUAUGUUUGUCUGGGUAGGGACCAUUCAGUAAAUUAGAGAGGUUGAGGGCAAUUAUUUGUGAGGAAUCACAGAAUAAUAAUAAUAAUAAAAACAGGAUUGCCUGCUUACACUGGAAUGUACUGUUACCCUCAAUUUAUGAGCCAGGCAUAUCUUUCCCAUGAUGUAAAGCUGGCACAGAGCAUCUCUUUGUAGGGUCAAUUUAGUGAUGCCCGAAAGCAAAAUAAUAUAGUAUUGGGAUGAUGCGGGUAUAGGUUUUCCUUUCCUUUUUUAAAGGGACACCGUCUGAACUGCUUUGAAGAAAGCCAAUCCUCCUCAACAGCUUUAGACUAGGACUGUACAAUCUGUGACCCACCAUGAGGAAUGCAACUCACCAGUCAUGUAUGAUAGUCCGGCAGCUGCUUAAUAACAUCUGUGCAUUGUACUCUGAUGCAGCCUCUGCCCUUUCAGAUGUUGUUGGACUCCAACUCCUGUCAGCUUCAGCCCACAUGACCAAUGAUCAAGUGAUGGCGAGAGGCCAGAAACAUCUGGAAAGCCAGAGGUUGCCCAUCCCUGGAAUAUAGUGAACUUGGCUUUACACUGUUCCCUUAAGGGCAACACAGAUAUCCCUCUCCCAACUGGCUUGGAAAAAUCCUGCUGCAAUGGGGCUGUGUUAAGAACCCUUCUGGGGAGCUGUGUAGAGUUUGUCAAUAAAUCUGCUUAGUUACUAAUACUUCUGUGGAGUCUAAAUUCAAAAGUCAGGGCUCAGCAAACAACGCAGUGCACACAGUUCAUGCAUGGAAAAAACCACCGGCACAAAAACUAGGCUGGUUUUAAAGUCUGUGAUUAAGUGGGUACUUUCCCCGAACUAUGGGGAACAUUACUGCUGAUUCAGUGAUUAACUAUGUUAGGCCUAUCUGGGAGAGUUUGUGCCCCAGAAAGGAAGGGGUGGGAGUGCAUGAUCCUUUAGUCUGCAACUGACUGCACAACCAUGGUAAGGCAAUCAAUAAACUUGGAGUGCAUUGUGACGUGGAGAUGGUUGCAAUAGUUUUCCUGAUUACAAUGCUAGUGCUUCCAUCACAGGUUCUAAUGUUGCUUUUAGACAACAUUACCUGUUGCAUUACAGGACUGUGGCUUUUUGAUCGUUACACUCCCAUGUCACACUAAAUGGUGAGAAAGAACCACGUGCCAGAAUACCACUCUCAGCCCCAUCACAAGACAUUACAGUGCAAAAGCCCUGUAAUUUUCUGGUGUAACCAAGUUGCAAAUACAUAUUUAUUUCUGUAAGCAAAUAACAGGGAAAUGAGCACUAAACUUCUACUCAUUUCUGCUAGUGUUUAAGAAAUGGCUUUUAUGUCAUGUGAAAGAUCACACAAAACAUGGAAAUGAUCAGGUAAGGAAACAUCAGAAAAAUGGAAUAAAGUGCUGUCUGAAUGCAACCUUCUAUAUUUGUUUUAAAUUCAACCAUCCCAAAGUGUUUCAAUGCAUGCCACAUACUGGGACCACAGAGCAAGUAGCAUGGGGUUCACAUUUAAGAGUCUUAAAAUGGAAGUAAGCCAGUGUUUGAAUAAAGAUACACCAUUUAGAAUUUUGAGUAAAGCUCAAAAACUGAUUUUCAUCAAGAUCGUGAACUUUUCAAUUUUUUAAAGAAUACUAAACUUUUUUAAAAAAUAUUUUUAUUGAGCAAUUUCAACAUAACAAAUUGUCAAACCGUAUAAUCACAGACAUCGUUUCCCCCCCUUCCCCCCUUCCAUCCCUCCCUCCCCCCUCCCACCUAGGACUUCCCUCACCUCCUCUCUCUGAUUUCUCUGCACAUAUUAUUCUCUGCAUGUUAUAAAAUUGUAUAUAUCCUUAAUUAUCUUUCUAUCAUGUUAUAAACCAAUAAAUUUGUGUAUGUUUAUUCAAAACCUGCCAAGGAGUCCAGUUCAUUUUGUUGUCUUUUUAGAUAAUUUGUGAAAAGCUCCCAUUCUUCCUUAAAGUCACAGUUGUCCUUGUCCCGCAGUUUGUAUGUCAAUUUGGCCAGUUCUGCAGAGCUCAUCAAUUUUUCUUGCCACUGUUCUUUCGUUGGGAUUUCCUCAUUCUUCCAUCCUUGUGCUAUCAAGACUCUUGCCGCUGUUGUAGCAUACAUAAAUAAGUUCUUUGUUUUUCUUGGCAGGUCUUGUCCUACAAUCUCUAACAAAAAGCUUCUGGUUAGAAUACUAAACUUUUAUCUCCUCUCCAUGUGCAACUCAACCAGCACAAACUUGGUUUUACUUGGUGGUGUUCACCCAAUGAUUAAUUAUCUUUUCAGGUCUAACAUGCGUGUGCCAGUUGUGUGAAAAAACAAACUUCACCUGUGAAACUGAGGGCGCAUGCUGGGCAUCUGUCAUGCUAACAAAAAACGGUAGACAAGAAGUAAUAAAGGCGUGUGUCUCCCUACCACAACUGAAAGCACAAAUCUUCUGCCACAGUUCUAAGAACAUAACCAAGACAGAAUGCUGCUAUACAGAUUUCUGCAACAACAUCACCAUUCACCUGCCCACAGGUAAGCUAUGCUUGUUAGGGUAAAGAAAUCUGCUACUAUCCUAUGGUUAGCUGGGAGUGCGUACCAUUGAACCCAAUGAGACUUGCUUCCUAGUCAGUGUGCAUAGGGUUGAGCAGUGUGUUAGAGUAAAAACAAAUUGUGGGGUUUUUUGUUUGUUAAAACACUAUUUCGCGAAAUCUGUUAGUACAAAUUUGAAACCUGCCAAAUAAAUGAUUAGAGGUGCAACUUUUUUUCUUCUUUUCUUUCCUGGAAAUUCCUGUCAAUUGUUCAAGGCAAGAUUUUGGAUUUUUGUUCUUGCCUUGAUAAAAGGGUGGCCAGAUGUAAUAGGCAGCAGAGCUCCCACACCUUUAAUAGUUGUGCAAAACAAGGAAUUUCAGCUUGAAAGUAGCACCUGGUAAUAUUCCCUCUUCCAGAGCCCUCAGCGUGUGGACUGAACAAUGAGGGUGGAGACGCUUCUUCAGGUAUACUGGGCUGAGGCCAUUUAGGGCGUUAAAGGUCAGCACCAACACUUUGAAUUAUGCUCAGAAACAUUGGGAGCCAGUGCAGAUCUGUUAGGACCGGUGUUAUAUGGUCCUGUCAGCCGCGCUCCCAGUCACUAGUCUAGCUGCCACUUUCUGGAUUAGUUGUACUGCAGUAAUUCUAGCUCUUUAGCCCCACUUCUUGUGAGUUUUUUGUGCCCCCCACCCAUUCACAUCCCUCUAGGCAAAUCUGUGAACUUUAGUAGCACUUUAGAGAAUUAAUGUAGCACAGCAGCCAUUUCUAUAAAUGAUUAUAAUAAAGUGCCGCAGCUAUAAAGAUUAUUUAACUUAAAACUUGACUUUGACCUUUUUCAGCCAUUCGUGUGUGUGUGUGUGUGUGUGUGUGUGAGAGAGAGAGAGAGAGAGAGACUCUCUCUUUUAGGCACCAAGAUUGUGAAUGAAGUAGUAAAGGAAAAUUGCUGUGGCGGUGAGGGGACAAACAAAUUUUUUUAGAAAAGCAGUGGAUAUACCCACAGUUUAUUUUAAAUAGUCCUUGGAGGCUAUGUAUUUUGAAUUUCAUGCGUAGUAGCAUCAUUCUAAGCACUGCAGAGUUUCCCUUUUUUUUUGCUAUAUUUCUGGUUUUUGUUCUAUGUAUACAUCAGCCUCAUAUUCCCACCCAGCCUUCAAACUGCGAUCCUAUACAGUGGUACCUCUGGUUAAGUACUUAAUUUGUUCUGGAGGUCCGUUCUUAACCUGAAACUGUUCUUAACCUGAGGUACCACUUUAGCUAAUGGGGCCUCCUGCUGCCGCUGUGCCGCCGCUGCGCAAUUUCUGUUCUCAUCCUGAAGCAAAGUUCUUAACCCGAGGUACUAUUUCUGGGUUAGCGGAGUCUGUAACCUGAAGCGUAUGUAACCUGAAGUGUAUGUAACCCAAGGUACCACUGUAUCUGGGUGUUGCUUAGCUUCCUCUUUUCUUGACCUUGCCUUGACCCAACUUUUGGUUCUUAUGAACGGCAUUGCAGGGAGUCGGGCUAGAUGACCCUUUUGGUCCCUUCCAGCUCUGCAAUGAUUCUGUGAUCAGUCCUUCAAAUAAGAGGACUAUCUUAUUUAAAGUGGGACACAUGCCACUUGCAAGAAGGCCAAACAAAGAAGGGAGAAAAGAAGCCCUCAGUUGAGAUGUACAUGAGGUAUGUGCCAGUUUAGGUAGAAUCCUACAAUGCAAGAAUUUGUCCUUCAGCAAUGAACUGGCAUCAGGAGAAAAGACAUAUGGCUAUGGCUUUGUCCGAGUUAUAGACUCUUCAGCUGCCCUGGCAGGCUGACGAAGGAGUUGCUUCCACCAGGCUUCAGCUCAUUCCCCUCAUUGUCUCAAGACCGAUCAGGAAAUUGCAGAAUGCCCUCACAGAUUACUUACAGUACACCUUUAAAAAGUUUAAAUACAGUGGUACCUCGGGUUACAUACGCUUCAGGUUACAGACUCCGCUAACCCAGAAAUAGUACCUCGGGUUAAGAACUUUGCUUCAGAAUGAGAACAGAAAUCGUGCAGCUGCGACGCAGCGGCAGCAGGAGGCCCCAUUAGCUAAAGUGGUGCUUCAGGUUAAGAACAGUUUCAGGUUAAGAACGGACCUCCGGAACGAAUUAAGUACGUAACCAGAGGUACCACUGUACUAGCGUUUACAUCAACCUUCCCCAAGGUGUGGCCCUUACAGGUAUGGUUGAUUUCUACCUCCCUUCACCCCAAGCCAAUAUGGCCCAACGGUCAGGGAUGAUGGGAGUCAUAUGGGAGGCUGCCUCCAACUUUGGAAAGCCUGAUUCAUAGUCAUAAAAAUAAAGCACUAGGGUUCUGCCACUGCUAAUGCAACAGUCGGGGUUUUAUUUAUUUAUUUAGUGGUCUAUCUAUAAAAGUAAUCAUAUACUACUGACUCAUCUAAAGCAUCUAAGUAGCAUACAGUUAAUAUAAAAUCUCAGUAAACACAAGGAAUACACACACACACACACACACACACACACACAUAUAUAUAAAUGCAGAGGUUGGGGACCUUUGGAGUCGUGUGCUGGCUAGGAUAGCUCUGUCAGUACAGCAUGAGACUCUUAAUCUCAGGAUCGAGCCCCACUUUGGCAAAAGAUUCCUGCAUUGCAGGGAGUUGGACUAGAUGCGCCUCGUGGUCCCUUCCAACUCUACAGUUCUGUGAUCUCUGCCGAAUCCUACCCCCUUUGCAAAUUGGGGUGGGGGUUACGAUAGCUCUCUGCCUACUGCCUUGAACACAGACGGAUUUUAUAUGAAGAAGUGCUCCUUGCUCCAAAACGCGAUUGGCUUCCAAAGAACCGUUGCUGAGGGCAGCUUUGAAGUGCGAUUGUGCAGAGGCACAUUUGAUAGGACAUCUCUGGGUGUUUCAUUUUCAUACUGUGUUUAUUUUGCUGUUAAUGUUUAAUUAUUGUUGAUUUCUUGCUUCAGCUUUAACUGUUGCUUUGUCACAGGAGAGGGUUUCCUUUUUCCUUUUGGUAGUAACAAGGUGGUUUGUGGUCUGCCUGGAAUUCUGUGUAGAAUCUUGUGUUGCCUCAUGGUAGGGUGAAUUAAGAUGCAUAGAAAUUGGAGGGCUGCCCUGCCUUUGGGUGGCUGGACUUCAUUGUGGCCAUGAGAUUAUGACUGAGACACUGGAGUGUGGGGCAACCCUCUGGGCCAUGGCUGCCUCAGAAAAAAAAAGGCGGAGUUGGUUAGCCUGUCAUUCAGCCUGACGUUUCACAUUCCAACCAGCAGGGGGAGACUAGCAACAUGAAACUGGUGAACAAUUCAAAUACCAUAUUUUUCGCUCUAUAGCACGCACUGGACCAUAGGAUGCACCUUGUUUUAGAGGGGGAGAACAAGAAAAAAAAAAUUCUCCCCCUCUCUGCUCAGCGCCCCUUCAGCGAAGUGGCAGGAGAAACGGAGCCCCUUCCAUUUCUCCUCCCGCUUGGCUGAAGGGGCGCUGAGCAGCUCUCCCUCUCUGCUGAAGCCAGGAGAGUCUUGCUCUCACGGCUUCAGCAAAAGGAACCCAAAGCCUGCGGAGCGCAGCGGGAACUCGCGCUGCGCUCCAAAGGCUUCAGGCGGCUAUCCCUGAAGCCUGGAGAUCGGCUAUCCCUGAAGCCUGCGCUCCAGGCUUCAGCAAAAGCAACACAAAACCUCCAGAGUGCGGAGGGAGCGCUCCCGCUGCGCUUCAGAGGCUUCAUGUUGCUAUCGCUGAAGCCACAGAGCCUGCAUUCGCUCCAUAGGACGCACACACAUUUCCCCUUAGUUUUUGGAGGGGAAAAAGUGCGUCCUAUAGAGCGAAAAAUACGGUAUAUGGGACAUAGAGUAUGGGUGUGUUUGUGUGCAUGUAUUACAGAGUACUUCUGUUGUGAUAUUAGUUACCACGGAAUAUAGGACAUCUGUCCUUAAACAUGGGUUCAGCUUAAAUGGGUUCCAAGUUCAGCUUCUGGAUCGGCUAUGAUCACACCAUAUUUUAUUUAAUUUAACUGACCAAAAAUGAAGGGUGAUGCAUCAGCCAUGGUUCAGUGUCCAGGCCCCAAGGUGUGUGGUAAUGGUUAUUCUCCACUGUGAGUGAAGUACGAUUAAGUCACACUCUGGGUGUGAAUUCAGUGGAUGCAACCCUUAGUAUGACCAAUGCUGACUCUCACCAGGUCUUUUGUUCAGCCGGAACUCAGUUCCAGCACCUCUCAGGUGGGCACCAUUGCCAUUAUAAGAGAACAAGGGAGGCGUUCAUGGAGAGUUCCGGUGCCUCUUUUUCUAGAAAAAACAGCACUGAAUAUUGCCAUAUGAAUAUUUCAUGUUCAUCGACCGGGGGUUGGGGGGCAGCCUUAAUUAUUAGCUUCUGAUGCUUCCACUCUGACAUUUGACCCCUGUGUUAUGUUGAGCUGUGAAAUAAGUGGUUUCUGAAGCCAAGACUUUUUAGAGCCUUUUUAGACCACUUUUUAGAGAGAUAGGUAGUAACACUUGUAUAUUACAGAGCAUAUAGAUGCCGCUCACCCCUAAGUCAGGGAUAGUCAAUGUGGUGCCCUUGAGAUGUUGCUGCAAUACAGUUCCCUUCAUCCUGGACUACAACUCCCAUAAUCAUGCAGGUCCUCCAGCAGGUGAUGGUGGCAUAUCCCAACCUGAACUGGUAUGCAAUUCUGGAAGCAAGUACAAUUGGAACCAGGAGAACUAAAUGUGUUUUAAGAGUGGGGGCAUGUGACUCCAGCUUCCUAUUAAGAAUAAACCAUUUUGGGAUAAAUCGCUGAAUUGGCAAGACCAGUUGGGAACUCCUGGCCGAUGAGCUGCCCCAUUACCUCUGGUGUUCUGCUGCUUGCAUGCUUCUGCUAGGAUGAUAAUAACAAUUUUUAAAAAAAAUUCUGAUAAAAAUAAAAUAAAGCACCCCAGCAGCCCCAAAAGGUAUGAAAAAAUGUGAAGAAGUGAGAUUGAAAACUGCACUAAAAAUAGAUGUAUUGGAACAGAUUACAUCAAAAUCAAAUGUAUUUAUAUGCCUAAAUAAUGUGUGGCAGCUCAGCACCUUUCAGUGUUGUUCAUUACAGUUCUCCCGUCUCUUAUAGUGGUCUGUCAAGGCAAACUGUUAGCACAAAGUGUAGUCUGCUUCUUUUACUUCUACAUAUGUUGCAGAAUAAAUAGCUCUCUGUGGCUUCAGUACGUUAUCUACAAGCUAUGUUAAGAAGGUAUUGAGAUCCAGAAAGGGAUCCUUCUCUGUCUCUUCUUUCGCAGUUUACACGGAAGUCAGCCGUGCUGAACUCAAUGGAAUCAGGUAUAGGAUUAUCUUAACAGUAAGUCCCAUUAAGCUCAAUGGGGUUUGCUUCUGAGGAAAGACCCACAGGAUGGUUAAUGUUCCUAUGCCACCAGGCUCUGGAAAAUAGCAUUAAUAUAAAGCAAUGCUGCACAGCAGCUGUAAGAGAUUUUUCGAAAGGCUGAAUUCAUAACAUCAGUAGGGAGAGGAAUUGUUUCCAAUGAAACCAACAUUCACAGUUGAGACAAGGUGAUUCCAUUUGAGAGCCUUUUUGUGUGAUGGGGUGGUGUUGGGUUUCUAAGCUAUGCUAUGUUUUAAGCUGAUAGAAAACUGUGAAGUGUGUGUUUUUCCUUGCCUUUAGAGAUAAAACCUGAUAAUAGUUUUGUGUGACUGGCGCUAUUUGCUUGCAAGCAAGCAGUUUUCACCAAAGCCAUUUGCCUGCUGUGCUGUUCCAUAAAGGAUCUGCUUUAAGCUUUCUUUGCAUUGUGGAGGAUUUACCUGGUCAGUGUGGGAGACUGGAGAUGCUGAUGAUGCUAACCUUUCCUUUUGAUGCUUCUUAAAGCAUGGAGAGGAUAUUGCACAGCGGCAGUGUGUGCGUGCUUUGACUGGUUAGAGGCCAAUAAUCAAUCCGUGGCCUCUCCAGCUAAAACAAAAAAGGGAGCAGGCUAAGAAGAAAGACUUAUUCCUUUGAAAGCUGCAGCCAUCCAAAUAAUAUCGGACUGGAUGGGCCAGGGGUCUGACAUAGUAUAAGGCAGCCUUUCUCAACCUGUGGGUGCCCAGAUGUUGUUGGACUACAACUCCCAUCUCCCCUAGCUACCAAGGCCAGAGCUCAGGGAUGAUGAGAGUUGUAGUCCAACAACAUUUGGGAACUCACAGGUUGAGAACCACUGGUAUAAGGCAUCUUCCUUUACUGAGAGAGACACAGAAAGAGAUGGGGAAGACCUGAGUGCAAGCCUACCUUCUGUCAUUCUCCAUCUAAAUAUGCUUGAUGACAUGAAGUGAGUCCCACUGUUAUUACAGCCUUCACCAACCUAGGGCCUUCCAGAUGUUUUGGACUACAACUCCCACUAGUUAUAGCUGGGACUGAUCAGUGUUCAAAAUUGUGGUCCAGUUGUGACCACAUGGAGAUCUCUGGAUCCCUGGUUGGUGACUGGGGAAAGCAAAAUGUCACUUCAAGAAGGAUCUGAAAUAUUUUCUUUGAAGUUUGAAUUAGUUUUAUUCUGGAUUGUUUUAUUUUGAUGUUUUAAUGUUUUGUAAACCGCUUUGAGAUUUGUUCUUUAAAAUAUAAAGCAGUAUAGAAAUGAAGUGAAUAACAACCAUCACCACCAUCAAUGGAAAAAAUGGCACCUAGACAUUCUGUUGUGGUGACCAUAACCUAGGUUUAAGGUGCCAUUUGGUGAUCAGACUAUAUAUAUAUAUAUAUAUAUAUAUAUAUAUAUAUAUAUAAUGAUUUUUUAACACUGACUGAUGGGUGUUACAGUUCAAAACAGCUGAAGGACAUCAGGUUGCUUUGUUAUAUUAGAUUAGUCUUUCCUGGAAAUUGGCGAUACUACAGCAGGAUUAUAAUGCUGAGGUUAUACUUCUGUUACUCCUAAAGGAAGCAAAAUGCACUGGGAAGAUCGAUGGCUGAAUCUGCGUAAAGGUUUUUUCCUGUGGUGUUCUGAUUUUGAAGCUAUGUGGCAUAAAACAGUAACACUGUCAUGUGAGGAGCAUGUAUAUUGCAGUAUUGAACUCAAAGGUAGGUAGAGGUGCUUGAUGAAUUCAUUCUCUGCAAAUUCUGAUAUGAACUGUUCUGACUUGAUCCACACCUCCCAAUUUAACGUGGAGCUCAGAACGCACUCGUCCCUCAGAGUUCACACGUCUUCAGAUUUUGUGAUACAAUUUUUGGCUAAAUAAUAAAAAAGUAAAUUCCAUAAGGCAUGUAAUAAUGUGUAUUUGGGGCCAAAAUGCAUUUAGAAAGACAUGUUUUGAAAGAAAACGAAAUAAAAAUGUUGGUGCAGAUUAACACAUAACUAACACAUAACACAUGACUGGAAAUGUCCAUUCCUAGGCAAGAUCAUCUUUUUAUAUAUACAUUUAUUUUGCGGUCUGCAGUUUUAUAUUAGAAGCUGCACUUUCUUUAUGCCAUGUUUGUGGUAAUAGAACAUCUUCCCGAUACAAGUAAACGGGAUUCCACCAAUCAGAUUAGAAUAAUCACAUGUGUAGCAAACUGUUUGCCGCCUCUCUGGUUUAUAGCACUUUUUUGUUUUUGUUUAGUCAUGUCCGACUCUUCGUGACCCCAUGAACCAAAGCACACCAGGCACGUCUGUCUUUGGUUCCUAUGCAAUAUUUUUCUUUACAGCAUUGGCCUUUCCUUUCACUUCCAGGCAUAUCCGCAACUGAGCGUCCUUUUGGCUUUAGCCCAGCCGCUUCAUCAGCUCUGAAUCUACUUGUACUUGUCCUCCACUAUUCCCCAGUAGCAUGUUGGACGCCUUCCGACCUGAGGGGCUCAUCUUCCAGCGUCAUAACUUUUGUAUGCCUGUUGUCUUUGUCCAUGGAGUUUUCUUGGCAGGGAUACUGGAGUGGCUUGCCGGUUCCUCCUCCAGGUGGAUCGUGCUUGGUCCAAACUCUCCACUAUGACCUGUUCAUCUUGUGUGCCCUGCUCGGCAUAGUUCAUAGCUUCUGUGAGUUAUUCAAGCCCCUUCGCCACGGCAAGGCAGUGAUCCAUGAAGGGGGUUUAUAGCACUAAUCUGUUUUAAAUUGGUCUGAUCUUAGUAAAGAAUGGGCAGCCUGAUUUGUUGCUUGCUAUCUUAGCAGAGAGCGAAGCUGUGGAGACCUAGAGAGCUAGAUCUGCUGUCUUCUUGGAGCAGUUGAAAUAAUGCAAGAGGCUAGAAGAUUGGGCGGAGGCCAGUUCCUAUAGCACAGUUCACCAUGCCCUUGAGUUGCUGUUAUGAAUUCCAGCAUCUCAGAGAUUCUGGCAGAGGAUUCCGUCCUCUGUAGCUCAAGACACCCAACACCAAAGUUGGUCGCAUGCAAUAGCCACACAGAUGCCUGUAAAGUUAGCACAGGUUGUGAAUCUUUGAAUUUGAAUGGGGCUGAGACUUAAGCAUCUAGUGUGGUACAAAAUAAGUUCAUUGGCUCAAAUACAUAAUUAUGGGGAAGCCAGAAAUUAACACUGGAUCCUGGCAACAGUAAUUCAUGAAUUUUUUAUUUUUUAGCAGUGGUUUGGAGAAUUACAGUGGUACCUCGGGUUAAGAACUUAAUUCGUUCUGGAGUUCCGUUCUUAACCUGAAACUGUUCUUAACCUGAAGCACCACUUUAGCUAAUGGGCCCUCCUGCUGCUGCCGCGCUGCCGGAGCACGAUUUCUGUUCUCAUCCUGAAGCAAAGUUCUUAACCCGAGGUAAUAUUUCUGGGUUAGCGGAGUCUGUAACCUGAAGCGUAUGUAACCCAAGGUACCACUGUAUAUUAAAAUCCUUACAUCCGCUUCUGGAUGCAGCUGUCAUUCCCAAGGUUAAUUAGGCAGAAAGAAUAACUGUUAAUUCAGUAUGUUACAGUGAAGAUAAUGCCUUGAGAAGUGGUCACAUUAAAUUAAAACUGGGUCCCAUUUAUUUAUUUGUUAUUUAAAAUAUUUGCCUUAAAGCCCACGUACAUCACCCCCCAUUUCUGAUUAGGGUUAACAGAGGGGCCUGUCACUGACAAGCCUGUUCAUCCAGAUCCAGAUUGACAAGGUUCCAUUAGUUCAGUUCAGAAAACAGGAGUCCAACCCCAUGGUUUAUAACUCACACCCUGGUUUACCCACCCCCUCACAAACCAUGUUUUGUAACCUAACUCGUGUUCAGAUGUAAUGCCAAAGCGUGAUUUGUCUUUCUGUCUGAAUGCAGCCAUUGUCCGGUGAGGAAAAUGCUGGGAUUCAAAAUCCUUUGGAUACCUGUGAAACUAGUUUAUGAAUGUUUGCUCAGGAGCAACUCCCAAAUUGCUCCAUAACCGUGUAGUUUGCCUGGUCAACUGUUUUGCAGCGGCAGGGAUUGUGUGUACGUGUUACUGAAGCUAAGCAAAGAGUCCUCUUCUGAUAAACUUCAGAUAUGCUGUGGCCUUUGCUCAAGCACAGGCAACCCCUCUGAAAGUUCUGUUUUGAUGAACAUGAAAAACAGGCAAGUGUGUUGUGCACUGAUGAGAGCCUUGGAACCUGCUUUGUAUGCUGAACCAGGCCAGUAUUUCAUAAAAGUAAUAUUUAAUUACCCAGACUGGUAGCAUCACCAAAUAUUUGCUCCAAACUUGCUUAUUGAGUAUCAGGAUACCACAUACAUGAAGCUGGGAACAUUCAGCUUCUGUCCAUGGUUGCCUUGGGUUGAGCCACCUGGAAGGACCAUAGGUCAAUUUAGCUCAGCAAAGCAGACUGAUUCGGUACAAGGGAGCUUCCUUUGCUCUUUAUGACUUCAUAAACAUUCCAAGUAAGCAUGCAUAGCCAGUGUGGUGUAGAGGUUAAGAGCGGUAGUCUCGUAAUCUGGGGAGCCGGGUUCGCGUCUCCGCUCCUCCACAUGCAGCUGCUGGGUGACCUUGGACUAGUCACACUUCUUUGAAGUCUCUCAGCCCCACUCACCUCACAGAGUGUCUGUUGUGGGGGAGGAAGGGAAAGGAGAAUGUUAGCCGCUUUGAGACUCCUUAAAGGGAGUGAAAGGCGGGAUAUCAAAUCCAAACUCUUCUUCUUCUUGAUGUUAGAAGCUCUGUGUGUCUCUUUAAAAGCCCAACCCCUUUUAAAUGUGCAUUAGUGGAAACUCUCCCCAUUACUCCCAGUAGCCCCUUCAUCUUCCCUCCUCUCCUGUAUGAUGUUGCAAGCAAUACCCAAAGAAUGAUGCUGUUUGAACCAGGGGCAGGGAACCUGUUGGGGAAGGUCCAUAGAUAGCUCAGUGGUAGAGCAUUUGCCUUGCAUGCAGAAGGUUCCUGGUUCAAUCCCUGACAUCUCCAGGUAGUGCUGACAAUGGCCCCUGUCUGAAACCUGGGGAGCCACAUUUAGUGAGCUUCAGUAAGGAGCUAGAUGGGACAACUGUAUGACUUGGCGUAAGGAAGUGCUGCCUUGUUGAUUCUCCUGGACUUCUCAAUGGCUUUUGACACCAUCAGCCAUGAAAUCCUUCUGAAUAGGUUAGGUGUGGAAGGCAUUGCUUGGCAGCAGUUCCAUUCCUGUCUGAAUGACUGUUUCCAAAAGAUGGCACUGGGAGAUUACUGCUCGACCCUUGACUGUCAUGCUUUUGAAUUCUGCUGGGUUCUGUUAUUUCUCCCAUGCUGUUUUAACAUCUGCAUGAAGCAACUGGGAUAGCUCAACCAGAGAUUUGUCCGAGGCAUUGGCAGUAUGUGGAUGAUGCUUUAUUGCUCGCUCAUCAGACUGGUGACUCAGGAGAGGGCAUUUUGUGGCAGCCCUUAAACUGUCAGGCUCCCUCUCCACAGGCGUGUGGCUAACAUCUUCACUGUGUAGCAAUUGCCAUAUGCUAAAAGUGGACCUCUUUAACCUGGUCUUUGACCAUUAUGGUUUUCUGUUUCAUGGGCCCCACCUCUUUUACUGGAUUUCUACUCUACUAUUCCAUAUGGAAUGGGGUUGCUUAUUUUAUCAUUGUAACGGCUUUAUCUGUUUUUAUAACUGUAUAUGGUCUUCUGUUGUUGUAAAUUGCCCUGGGACCUUAAGAUGAAGGCAGGUAAGUAAAUGAAUGAGGCUCUUUUGUCAGCUUUGUCUAAUAUGCCAGCUGCAACCUUACCUGGGCGAGAAUAGCUUGGCCACAAUUACCCAUGCUUUCCUCACUUCCUGUUUAGACUAAUGCAGUGCGUUGUACAUGGGGCUGCCUUUAAAAACAGUCAGGAAACUGCAUUAAUCCCCAAAGAGCAAAACUGGUACUGGGCAGUUUAACCACAUUACACCUAUGUUUUUGUCAGCUGAGCUGCAGAGCUGCAGUUGGCCAAGUAGUAUUUUUAUCCUUUAAAACCUUAAAAGGCUUGGACCAGGUAACCUGAAAGAUCUUCUCCCACAUAUACUUACCCAAACCUUAAAAUCCUCCAGUAGGGCCUCCAAGUGCUAUCUCAGGCUUUGGUGAAGAAAUGGGUUUAUAGUAAAACUUCAGAAUAUCCUUCUACGGCUGCAACCCUAAACAUACUUGCUAGGGAGCAAGUCUCACUGAGAUAUUUCUGUGUAAACAGGCUUACCUUGUAAAUUCACUUAAACUUUUGGAGUUAGUGCUUCAAGCCAGGGGUCUGCUUUAACAUGCGCAUGUUAAAAGCACUAUUGUGUACUAAUAUGUUUUUCUGCUAGUAAUUGAAAUUGGAUUACUAUUGCUUUAUGUCAUAUAUUGGUUGCUUUUAAUUUACCUUGCCCUUCAAAGGGCUGUUUUCAACUGCUUAGCAACCAAAUUUCCUAUUCCAUUGCUUAAAAGUGGUCUUCAUUAGCAGAACAUGGUCAGUGAUUCAUUCAGUACUUCAAAUCCAUCAGGCAGAUAUUGGAUCACUCAUCUGGUUGCAAGUUAAUUUAUAAACAGCUUCUGCUUUUGAGCCCUAAAUAACUGGGUAGGUAUUGAAAUAAGAGCUGGAAGACCUGUUUUGUUUACCGUUGUCCAUUAGUGGCCUCAGUUAGUCACCAGGAGAUUUUAUGUAUCCUAAUUCAUAAGCUGUAAACAUGGUGAUGGUGCAAUUUUUCCUUUAGUUUUGGCCAGACUUUGAUCAUUCCACAGUUUGGCUUUAUUGAGCUGUUAACUUUUUUUUAUUGUAUUUCCAGCGUAGUUCAUGAGUUUAUCCUCAUCAGACUUUUGUUGCCUCUGAUGACCUGUCAUUGAGUAUCACGAUGUAGUGUUAAAAAUAAAUUUUCUGUGUAAUAGACAGAAUGUUCUGUUUCCCAGGAUUUCUUCCGCCCCACCCACCUCCAGACAGAGGCAUUAUCUCUUGAUCAAAUUCUCAGGGGACUGGUGUCUGAAAUCCUAAGCAAGUUUACUCAGAAGUAAGUCCAAUUAAAAUAAGUGGCCCUUCCUUCCAAGUAAACAUCCUGGGCUAUAAGGAAGCAGCAACGGCUAUUAUUUCUAACAUGGUGAAAAUGUAAUCUCCACUGAUGCAAUAUUUGAGGAUACUAUAGACACAGUUAUGGAUGAAUACCACCACUGAUGGAUCAAACUACAGACCCAUUUUGUUUAGCAGUUGUUCAACAAUAUGCUUCCCACAGUAAGAACAUCAGAGCCCUUCAAGUUAGACCAGGCUAACCUGCAAGCAGGGUAUGAGCACAACAGCACUCUUUUGACACUCCCUAGCAACUGGUCUUCAGAGUCACAUAGCCUCUGGAACUGGUGUGGGGAGAGUAAUAUACCUUCCAUGACCAGUAAGCACUGAUAGCCUUAUAUUCCAUGAAUUUACCUAAUUCUCUUUAAAAGAUGGUCAAAUCGGUGGCCAUUUCUGGCUCUUGUGCAAGCGAAUUCCAUCGUUUAGCUAUGCAGUGCGUGGGGAAAAACAAACAAAAAACUAGAGAGAGACAUUGCACAUACCUUUGUAAACCAAGAAAAUCAUUAAUAAAAAUACAUUUUAAAAAAGCUAUGCAGUGCACGAGGAAUUGCUUCCUUUUGUCAAAACAAAAUUUAAAAAAAUUCCUUCCAGUAGCACCUUAGAGACCAACUAAGUCAGUUCUUAAUCUCCCACCAUUCCGUGUCAUUGGAUGUCCCCAAGUUCUAGCGAUAUGUGAGAAGGAGAAAAAAAAUAAUUUCUCCAUCCACUUUCCCCAAACUAAGCAUUGUUUUAUACACCUGUAUUGUAUCACCCCUUAUUUGCCUCUUUCUACAAAAGCCUUCCUGGGAUAGCUCAGUUGGUAAAGCAUGACACUCUUAACUUCAGGGUCGUGGGUUCGAGCCCCACAUUGGGCAAAAGAUUCCUGCAUUGCAGGGAAUUGGACUAGAUGACUCUUGCGGCCCCUCCCAAUUCCAUGACUCCAUGAUUCCACACAACCCAUCCGCAAAAUGGGGUUGCCUCAACCCCAGGGUCUUUUUUCUGAAUAUCCUUUUUGAGGUGAGGUGAACAGAACUGUAGGCAGUAUGCCAAGUGUGGCUGCAACCUAUAAUAUUGGCCGUUCUGAUUUUCAAUUCUUUUCCUAAUGAUCCAAACCAGGCUAAAAAAGUGUUACUUUUUGGUUUACAAAGCUCUAAACACAUUGUGCUUUUCCAGGUAAGCAUUCCAUGCACGGCACAUCGGGUUGACACAUACUAUGUGUCCACUGACCCAUGUGGCAUGAUCAUGCCAGCAUGGCACCCAUCUGGUGUACUAAUGCCAUGUGUAAAUACAUUGACGCAUGUGAUAAGCACAUUGUAAACAUGACAGGACCCCCCUUCAUGCAAAGGCGGCGAAGAAGCAGUGUAACUGUGCCACUGCCCUCAAGCCAUGCAGUUUCUCUGGCCCUGCUCUGACAUCCACACAUGGAGCAUGUAGAUUUCCCUUUCCUAGACCCCUGCACUCAACACAUGGUUGAGUGGUGUGGCAUCCUUACCUCUUCAGCUUGUGGACAGACUCCCCUUCCUGUGAAGGGGGCUAAGGUGUCAGUGGGAAGAUCUCUGCUCAUGUCCCAUGCCCAUCAGACCUCUGGUGAUAAGCUUAUCAGUGAUGACAUUCCACCCACCGAGUGGUUUGUUUACAGAAGCUGAGUGCUUGGCAGCACACAACAAAGAAAUUGGCUAAAUUGAGGGCAGUAGGUGUCACCUCAUCACACUGUAUUCUGCAGCCAAAUUUUAACCGGGUCCUUUUGAUCCCUGCCUUUGUUCUGCCUUAAUUUGUGGUGCUCUUUUUAAAAAGAAGCAAGCACUCUUCUGAUUGUUCUAUGCUGCUGUGAAAUAGUAGAAUCCCGCCCCUGCCCCCCUGGAAAUGUUCACUAGAUGCAUGUAUGUAGUUAUCUGAUCUGGUUUAAAAAAGACUUGCAUUGUGAACCUGUGGUGUAAUUUAUUUGCACAGUAGCUGUCCAAAGAAGAGGGAGAGGCUGCUUAGCCAAUUCUGUGUCAAUAGGCUGGCCCAAUAGGCAUCACCAAAAAAGGAGGAGACACGUUUCCAUAAGCCAAGCUAUAGGCAUAAAUGCAAAUUCAGAAAUCAUUAUUGUCAGCUAAGUAGAAAUGAAACACUUUCCCUACUCUUGCUCCCCCCUCUUUAAGGCUCUUUAUCUGUAAAGCAGACUUGGAAUGGAUGGCUCCUUGAGGACUUAACCAUGUGAACAUGCGUCCUACUUUACAGAGGAUUAACUACCAGAACUGACCUCUUGUAUUAGUUGCCAUUUUGAACAUAUCUAGACUCUUAUACAUUUGCCUCUUGUUUGAACUGUUCCCCCCCCCCCCCAUUUUGUGUCACAUCUUCUAGGCCCCAUUUCUUCACUUGCAGUGGAAGCAUUGGACCUUUUCUGUGCUUCUGGCAUAAAACGACAACCUCCAGGCUGUGAGGGGAGAAGCACAUGCUCUGGCCCUUCCCCACCACAGCACCACCCCUCUGGAACUUGGGAUAAUACUGGUUGUGGGGUGUGUAUGUAUAUGUGUGUGUGGAGUUGCACCAUAGGCUCCUGGGACUUGUCAGAUUAUUCCAGUCACUUUGGAAAAGCAUGACAAAGAGAUACCUGUUUUAUUCUUUGUAAAGUGCUUAGCAGAAGUCUAAGCACCGAUGAAUUGAUGUUGAUGAGGAGUGAAGACUUUGGAAUGACCUGGGUCAAAUCCACAUCAAGCAUUUAUAACCCUUUAACAAUGUGGCUCCCCCUGCAAAGAAUACUGUGUGUGUGGUUUGGGAGCUGCACGGCCAGGGAAAAAACAAUGCUGUCCAGGGUUGUAAAGACUGCAGAGAGAAUAAUUGGGUGCACUCUUCCCACCUUAGAUCAAAUCUAUGCUGUCAGGUGCCAUUAGAAAGCUGCAGAGAUAGCACAGGAUAGUAUGCACCCUGGAAAUGAUCUCUUUCAGCUUCUGCCUUCUGGAAGAAGGUAUAGGGUUAUAAAGACCAGGACUAGCCGCCUGAGAAACAGUUUCUACCCAAAUGCAAUUCUGGUUCUAAAAGCAGUAUAAGGAGUCUCUAUUGUAUAUUGUAUUUUAAAAUUGGGUUUCAGAGUUUUUAGGGGUUUUUGAAUGUCUUAUGUAGAUUUUCAACUUCAUUGUUCUGUAUGGGACAAUGAUAAUGAAGAUAUCGUAUCGUAUCAUAUCGUAUCAAACUGUAGUUUGCCCCCCCCCAGCUACAAUUCCAAGCUGCUUUAACACACUACAGUUCUCAAGAUUUUUCAGGGAAACCAUGCCCUUUAAACAUAUGGUAUGGAUGUGACCAUGGAGUUCGAUAACCAAGAGAGCUCCAUUCUCAACUUUCUCAAUAUAAUGUCAAUCCUUGCUGUCACUUCCAGUAAAAAAAAAAAAAAAAAGUACAUUUAAAUGCUUCUUUGAGAGCAUAGUGGAUUUGACAGAUUUUGGUUUGUGUCUUUUUAAGGUCCAGAUGCUGCAAGGAAAUCAAAGCUGGGCCCUGUGGAACUGACGGUGGUUAUAACUGUACCAGUAUGUGUCUUGUCUAUAGCUUUAAUGCUGACUCUGUGCACACAUCAAGGCAACAACUGCAGAUUCAGGAAGAAAAGAAGACAAAACAUUGAAGAGCCUCUGUCUGAAUGCAGUCUGGUGAACCCAGGGAAGACUCUCAAAGAUCUGAUUUUUGAUAUGACGACGUCAGGUUCUGGAUCUGGUAUGUGAGUGUGCGCUGUGGAUUCUGUUGGAAUUUCCCAUGAUGUGUAGCAGAUUAAGGUAAUAUUCCAAGAGGCAUAGUGCUAAAAAAUCUCUCUGGAAGAGCCUGAAAAUGGGAAGCCAAGGGGGUGAGGCAUACUCCUGAUAACUGGAAGUGCAAGUAGAAAAAAUGCUUUUAAUCUGGUGUCUGUUACGCAGCUGCAUUGUGUUUAUAGCUAUGCAAAGAACAGGUAUCGCAGCUAGACAUUAAAAAUGCAAACCAAAUAGUUUAUUGUAUUAACCGAAGGCCAUAGCAACAUUAAGAAUCAAUAUUGCAUAAUGACCGGGGCAGUUUUGUGUAGCUUCUCUGUUAGAGUGAGGCAUGCCUUCUUCUCAAGAUGUGUUUCAUGCAGUCUGUUUCAUAAAAGACAUGCAUGCACAUGAAACCAUCUGGAGAAUGUCAAUCUUUCCCAACACAUGUGUGAAUAUUCAAAUAAGUAACAUGGGGGAAAAACACCCUGAAAUGCAGUUAGUAAGGCUGCUGCUUAGAAUUGGUGUACUAUGUGGAAAAAUUAUGUGCCCCCCCGCAUGAUAAAACUUCUGAAGAUGUGCGAAGUUCCAGGUAAGAGUUCCCUCAAAGGUGAUGAUGGCUUUAGAAAUGUUCAUCUGACUUCAGCUUGCUUACUUACUUACUUUGCCAAACCUUUAUUAGGCAUUACAAAUAGGUAAAGGUAAAGGGACCCCUGACCAUUAGGUCCAGACGUGACCAACUCUGGGGUUGCGGCGCUCAUCUCACUUUAUUGGCCGAGGGAGCUGGCAUACAGUUUCCGGGUCAUGUGGCCAGCAUGACCAAGCCACUUCUGGCGAAUCAGAGCAGCGCAUGGAAACACCGUUUACCUUCCCACCGGAGCGGUACCUAUUUAUCUACUUGCACUUUGACGUGCUUUCGAACUACUAGGUUGGCAGAAGCAGGAACCGAGGAACGGGAGCUCACCCCACUGCGGGGAUUUGAACUGCCAACCUUCUGAUCAGCAAGCCCUAGGCUCUGUGGUUUAACCCACAGCGCCAACGCAUUACAAAUACAGGCCAUCAUAAAACAUCCAUAUAUAAAAUUUUAAAAUAUACACAGAUAAACAGCCAUGUAAAAAUAUGUAAUAAAGAGGAUUUUCAUUGGAGUUUCUUCCCACUAAAUAGUGCCAUUCACCUCUCUGAGAGAUACUAUUUACUUCAGCAUAUUCUGUGUCUUUCUCCACUGAGAGCUAAAGUUUGCCAGGGAAAAAGUACCAUCUUUGAUAUUCUGAGCAAUAUCUGACCGCAAGCCAAAUGAGGAAGAGGUUGAAGACUUGUCAAGCUGCAGUAGCUGAAGUCUCUGCAGCAUUUCCAGACUAUUCUUUGUAUGUCUGCGAAAGACAAAUGUUUUGGCUUCAAAGGUCAGGCCUAUGCUGACAAUUCCUGGGUGUUUCCUGAGCCAGAAACUUUAAAACUGUUUUGAAAUAAGUGUAGAUUUAGAUUAAUCUUCUUGCUUAACACCAUGCCUUAUGUGAAGUGAAGACACUGGGGCUGCAAUCUAAUUUCUUCCAAGCAGAGUGUCCUGAAGUCUUGGCCUUAGACAGGGCUGAUCUAUCAAUUGUUCACAAAACAGAAGUGAUGGUACUCAUGUCAUUGUUAUUUGAUAUCUUUGAAGAGCGCCGUUGUCAUUCUCAGGGACUACUUUCAUUUUCCAUCUGUAAGGUUGUGACAUUAUCCCCCAAGUUAUCUAAUAAUCAAGGGUUAAAUCUGCUGUUGGUAAUUCAUUCUCCUUUUCUAGUGUGUCACUCUCAGGAGGGCCAGAUCAAGUUUGCUUCUGAGGUGAGACUAUGCCUGUGGGCUGCUAGUUGGUCCUGUUGCCCUUGGGUUGAAAAUGGCAUACUGUAAAGCAGGGGUCAUCCACCUUUUCGGACCAGUGGCAUAUUUCAAAUUUUGAGAGAGUGCUGGGGACACCAGUCACAAAAUAGCUGCUAUGAGGAAAGCAUGGCAUAACACAAAAUGGUUGCCACAGGGAACGUGGCAUAAUACAAAAUUAGAGACAGCCACAACUGAUAACCUUAUGCUUACCAUGAGAUAUCAGCUAUGACCUGCUGGUCCUGACUGAGAAGAUCCCAUGAUAUUGAUUUUUUUACACACACACACACACACACACACACAAACUGUUGCUGUGCAUUCCUCAGUACCAGAAAGCCCAUUUUUGAUCCAGUUCUGUUGGCACUUGCCAUCUGGGUUUGCUAUUAGAUGGAUAGAUAGAUAGAUUGCAACCAAAGAGCAAUCCAGCUGUACCAAAAACAAUGGGAGUUUUGCCACUGAUUACAAGAAGAUGUGGAUUUCACAAAUUGGAGAUUGCCUCUGCGUAUAUAUUGCACGUGUUGUAGAUCAGUGGUAAUUAUUGGAGGGAGGGUUAAGAAAACGUUUUAAUGCUUGUAUUUCUUUUGUUAGGCUUGCCUCUGCUUGUCCAAAGAACAAUUGCAAGAACAAUAGUCCUUCAGGAAAUAGUAGGAAAGGGUCGAUUCGGCGAAGUCUGGCGUGGAAAAUGGUGCGGAGAAGACGUGGCUGUGAAGAUCUUUUCCUCGAGAGACGAAAGGUCUUGGUUUCGUGAAGCAGAAAUCUACCAGACCAUUAUGCUGAGGCAUGAAAAUAUCUUGGGUUUUAUUGCUGCCGAUAACAAGGGUAUAGUACUUCCACACCAUUUCACAAUGUUUGCCCUGUGCUAGAUUAGCCCUGUGUUGUUAUAUUCUUUAAGAAAGCCUGGUUUGUUAUGAUUUGGAUGAUGUGAUGCCAAGCGUAGUCCCACUCUGUUUAUACUCCUGUACAAGCCUCCCCACUCCUGAGAUCUUCAUAAUGGAGGUUUAGUAGUUAUAAAGAGAAAAGGCUUUCCCUGUGCAUGUAUCUUAAACAUGGCAAUCUCUCCCAAGGGAAAAAUUGCUUUUGUCAAUAUCCUCUAUGCACAGGGCUUUUGGCAGGAGAUCUGGUUUGAUUUGCUGUAUUUAGUUUCUCCCCCACUAAUUUCCAUGUGUGGUGGCUUUUAGCACUGCCCUUGGUGCUGUUAUUAGUAUUGCUUGCCACUGAGGUGCUGUUAGUGUGUCUCAUCAGUGUGUUUAACAGUGUGUGAGCAUUUGAUUUUUAAUUUAAUGUCUUUAUGGUGUUCCUUGUUAUUUAUUUAUUACAUUUAUAUCCUGCCUUUCCUCUAAGGGGCUCAAGGCAGCAUAUCACAUAUGUUCCCCUUUGAUCUUCACAAUAGCCCUGUGAGGUAGGUCGGUCUGAGAAAGGGUGAGCAAGGAUUUGAAUCUGUCUCUCCACGCUCUCAGUCCAAUGCUCUGAUCACUACAGCACACUGGCAUGAUACACUAUAUUGGAUGCCAAACAAUUAUAGAAACAUAUAAUUUAAAUUAAAUGCAAGAGCAUGGGAAUCGAGACUUGAUUGUUUUGGUUUCCACAGAACUGUAGUUCUACAUUCUGCUGGGAACAUUUUAAAUGGCUUAUAGCAACCCACUUAAUUAGAAAACAGGUGUGAAGACAAGGGUACCAUUCCAGAUUUUGGCAGAGGGUGGGGGGGACAAGUAGUUUAAUUAUAAUUAUUUAUUAAUUUGUAUACCUCUGAAUGCCGAAAUAUUACAAAAUAUAGAAACCAGUCACACAGCAUUUUUAAAAUACAUACAUUAAACAUACAAAAGGAUUAAAAUACAUAAUAAAGCAAUCUCACUAAAGUAUUGAAAUAUCAGUGUCCAUCAUUAAAAUAUGUUUGUAGUGGGGCAAGGAAAAGAGAUUUAGGAAGGUCGGAAAGUCUAUUUUUGGUUACAUUUAAAGUUAAAUUGCAAAACAAACAACUAUCUGUCCGUAUUUUAAGUCCAUUCAUUGUGGUACUUGGCAUUUUUUAAUACAUCAUUAUAGCUUUCACAAUGCAGCAUGCUGUUAAGCCCAUUGAUUUCAAAGGACAAGGAUGCUUGCCUUUGUGGGGAUAAUGAGUAUAGAAGUAAUUCUCUGAUCUGAUUCAGGUGUGGAAUAAUUGCAACUUGAGGUGUAAGGCAGUGCCUAUUACUAAAGGGUGCUAUGCAUUAUGGUUAUUAAUCUUGCACAAUAUUAUUAUAUUAUCCGUUUUCCAAACUUGAACUCUUGGAGCUCAUUUGUAAUUUCUGUUCUUUCAUACAUUUUAAUCCUAUGCUGGUGCUUGUCUCACAUUUUCCAGCAAUCAUAUGACUGCUGACCCAACUAUCUGAGAUACUUUACUAGAAUAUGCAGCUAGUUGUAGCUGUAAUUUCCUAUCAGGAUGGGGGGGAACUAGCAUCCAUUCUCUUGAACACCUUAGGAGACAUCACACACAUGCCCUAUAAAAAAAGCAUGUCAACAGAUUUUUAAAGAUAUUUUCUAAACAGAUGAUUAGUAUAGGUGACAUUCCUCAUGACAAUUCAGGUCCUGUUGAGGACUCAAGCAAAUGAGACAGAUGGGCUGCAGGCAGCUCAAGAGUCCAACCUUGAAACUUCCUCCUCCUCUUCUAACGACAAGUGGAUCUUUACCAGUGAUUUCCUUGCUAUGUGGCUUACAAAAUAAGAUUUGCAACACAGUGCUAUGCAUGUUCACUUGGAAAUAAGCCCCCACUGUCUUCAGUGGGACUUAUGCCCUAGUAAGUGUGUUGGAGAUUGCAGCUUUUUAGUGUGAAAUUCCAUUCUGGCAUGAAUUAAACUUUUCCUACAGUGUACAGUUCUGGUUGCUUCAUCUUAAAAAGGAUAUUGUAGAGUUGAAAUGGGGUCAGAAAACGGCAACCAAAGGGGGAUGGAGAAAUUCUGCUGUGAGGAAAGGUUAGAACAUUUGCAACUUUUUUGUUUAAAGAAGAGCGACGUGGGGACAUGACACAGUGUGGAGAAAGUGAUUAGAGGAACGCUUUUCUCCCUGUCUCGUAAUAUUAGAAUUUGGGAUCAUCCAAUGAAGCAGAACGUUGAGAGGUUCAGGGCAGCCCAAAGAAAGUCCUUCUUCACACAGUGCAUACUUAAACCAUGAAAUUUGCUCUCAGAAGUAGUGAUGGCUACCAGCUUGGAUGGCUUCAAAAGAGGAUGAGACAAAAUUCGUGGAGAAGGAGAAGGCUACCAAGGCUGCUGGCCAUAUUCACUUUGUUCUCCCUCACUGUUGGAGGCCCUGGGCCUUUCUCUAAAUGCCAAUUUAUGGGGAUCAGAGUGCUGUUGUACUCAUGUCCUGUGUUUGGGCUUCCCAUAAACAUCUCAUUGGUCACUGUGAGAAGAGGAUGCAAGACUAGAUAGGCCUUCGGCCUGAUUCAGCAGGGUUCUUCUUAUGUUCUGUAUUGCCAAAUAUUCCAUUGCGAAAAUAAACGGGCCUUGCAAAACGAAUACCUUUAGAAAAUAUUUUCAUCUUUGAGGGUUGCUGUACUCUACUGCUACUUAUUGUUAAAUGCAGUUAUGUCUCUCCACAGAUAAUGGGACUUGGACUCAGCUGUGGCUUGUCUCAGAAUACCAUGACCAAGGUUCUUUGUUUGACUACUUAAACAACAACACUGUAACAGCCAACGGGAUGAUCAAGAUGACAUUUUCCAUAGCGAGUGGCUUAGCCCAUCUUCACAUGGAGAUCGUUGGCACUCAAGGUAAUAUGUUCAUGUUUAUGCAGUUACCUUCAUAUUAAGCUCACUUCGGGCAGAAGAUGACUUGGAUGAAUGUUGGAGAAGUGAAUGAACCAGGAUUUGUUUGAAUCAUGAUUAUUUCUGCCCCUUCUCUGGCAUCUUUGUGUAUUAAAUGAGCACAGUACAUUUGGUAGAUACGUGUUUACAAAAAAUUCCAACGCUUUUAAUAUAAAUGAGGGAGUGGGUGCCUAAAUAUUAAUAUUAGUGUGGAAAUUGCCUUUCACUCCCCUCUCCCCUACACAAAAUUAAAAUUUACAUUGAAGAAGUGGGGAGAGGUAUAUGGAUGUGAAGCAACUGUGUUUGUGGAAAUGUUUAGGGAGGCAGGAGAGGAUAUAUUGUUUUCUAAUAUUCUUCCUAACUUGCAUUAGCAAGUUCCUUUACUUAGCAGAGUUUUACAUUCCCCCUUUUAAACGCACAGCAGAUAACAGGUUGCAGACUUGUUUAAGCCUCUUACCCUUAGAUUCCCCUUAUAUCCCUCUUCAUAGAAUAAACAUGCCACAAUCUUGACUUAGUUUACUCACACCAUCAGUUCACAGUUGGAUCCCUGAAAGCAGACUUAGUUACAAAGUAUAUACGUGUGGGUGUAUCCCAUAUGGGGACAAUCCCAGUGUUUCCUGUUGGCAGCCAACAGAGCAUUUCUGGGUAAAAAGCUGCUCCAACGAUGGAGGAAGUCAAAGAGAGAGAGUGUGCUGCAUGACUUGCCCUUUUGUUACCUGGGCAGAUAAGGCCACAUGCAAAGGAAGUAUGCCCCAGCCAGGAGGAAACAGGAAGUUUUCAGCUGGCUGAGCCAAACAUUCCCCUGCAUGUCCACUCUAGGAAAACAAGGAAUGUUGUACUUGACUGCUACUUAUGGAUUACAUCCCACAAUGUUGAUAGAUAUAUACAUGUAAAGGGAAUGAACGUUUCUGUUAAAUAUAUCAGUGGGUAACGUAAAGACAUUGUGGGCAUAUUUUUUUGUGCUUCGCAGGCAAACCAGCCAUUUCCCACAGAGAUCUGAAAUCUAAAAACAUUUUAGUCAAAAGGAAUGAAACCUGUGCCAUUGCUGACCUGGGACUGGCUGUCAAGCAUGACUCUCUGUUGAACACAAUUGACAUACCUCAGAAUUCUAGAGUGGGAACCAAGAGGUAAGUCAGUAUGCUUGUAAUAUUUCCCAUUAAAUGUUUCACACCCAAAGAGGGUUGAGUUGGAAUUCUACAUGCAUAUGGCAAAAAACCCAAAACCUUUCCCCCUGUGAAAUGUCGCCCCAUCCUCAGUUUGUUUCAGAGAUAUUUGAAGGGUCUGGUGAAACGGGGUGAAAUAUGUUUCGCGGUCUCAUUGCCCUCACUCAGAUUUGUCCACACGACAUGCAGCAACAUGUGUAACUAGGCAAAUGAGAAUCAAGAUACCAGUAGCCAAGAAUCCUUAAAAAAUUAAUGUUGUAUUACUCAAGGCUCACUGCAUAUCUGCCUUUAUUACAGCCAAAUGACACAUUGCAAAAUAUGUGUAUGUUACUGCUGUGUGUGCAUGCAUGCUUUUUUAAAAAAUAGCAGCCACUGAGGGCAGGACAAUCAGGUAGGGUGGAAUUAACCCUUUCCCCCCCCACCAAGUUCCCCUCAAAGAAAAGGCGUAGUGUGCCAGUUGGAGCUUCCCUCCCGACAGGCCCAGCUCUGGAGCUGCUUUGUUAAAAGAAAGGAAAAACUCAUGCAGUGCUAAACAGCAGGCUAAUGCGGCUUGCAGUUUUGCCCUCACUAUUUCCUGUGCUGUGGAGGGCAGGGGGAGAAGCAAAUAAACCAGGAUUCCUGCAGUUGCUUUAAGAUGACUUGAGCUCAAAGUUUGCUUUACUGUGUCAUCUGAACCCAAUCUCAUGGUUUACAAUCUCCUGGACAAACCAUAAGCUGUAAGUCAUAGGAAAAACCUUAGUUGUAGCACAUGGUUAAUUUGGAGAGAACUAACGCAUGAGCCCAGGUUCAGACAAUACACUAAGUCAAGUCAUGGCUUAGUUCAGCACAGUACCACCGUAGAACUGCCAGGUACAAGUGAAGUGGCCUCUUUGGCAGCCAUGGUUUGACUUAGUGUGAUGUACAAACUAGGCAGUACUGUUCUGAUGGUCUACUCAAUGUGCACAGGUCCAAGGGGUCAGGAUCAGUUAUUGAGAUCCUGCCUCCCUCCUUAAUGUUUUCAUAAUACAUAAAUGUUGAUCUCAUGAGAAGGGCUGAAGACCAACUCCCAGGAAUUGGGAGACCUAACAAGAAUGCCUCGAAUCUUCUGCUUUCUCUCAAGCAAGUUCAGUGUUCUAAAAAUACCACAUUUGUAUUUCAUUUUUAUUUGUUGUCCCUUAAUUUUAAUCCUAGUUAACUAAACACACCCCUUUCUACCUCUUUGAGUUUUGGUAUCUCUGUAUUUGAAAGGUACAUGGCUCCAGAAAUACUUGAUGACACGAUGAACAUAAGUAUCUUCGAGUCCUUCAAGCGUGCAGAUAUCUACUCUCUUGGGCUGGUGUACUGGGAGAUAUCCCGAAGAUGCUCAGUUGGAGGUAUAACCUAUCUCUCUCUCUUUUUAAUGCUCCAGACCCCUGCCAUUGUGUUUUAAUACUAUUCUUAGAUAGCAUAAAGACAGGGACAUGUUUCAUCCUGUUUGCUUGGCACUCAGUGCAGUUUCUAACACAGGAAUAGGGUUGUAGUGUUACACAUGGGAAGAAGGGUCUCACACUAUGACUAGGGAGCACUGCUAUGCUACUGUAGCAUCACAUGCGACUAGCCGUACCAAUGCAGGCAUCUGAAGAAGAUCCCCUUCGCUUGCAGGGAUGGGGGUGCUUUGUGUCCUAGACAUACAGUGGUACCUCAGGUUAAGACUGAAUUAAGUUCUUCACCCGAGGUACCACUGUAGUGUGAUGCUCCCUCACAUGAAUAAUGCGUAAAGGCAGGGUUUUUUUCUGGCACCUCUCAGUUGUGCACCAUUGCCAUUAUAAAAGAAGGGCAGCUCUUUUUUCUAGACACAUAACACUGCUUAAAGGUGGCUUAUGAGUGACUGAAAUAAUUGGUGGUGAGGAGGAAAGGAAUAGUGGGGAGACUAGAGAAUCGGAAAUUGCACAACUGGUACUUUAUUUAAUUUUAAGAACAUAUACACCAGGUAAGUGGCUUACAAAAUGUAGCAUUGUAAUAACAGAAGAGCAUUGAGUUACAAAUAUCAUACGUAUAAAAUGCAAGCAUAAAGAGAACAGUGAUCCUUGGUUGAAGCGCAGUAUAUCAAUUUAAUAAAAUGACAUCAAAGUAGGCCAUUCAGCUGCUGCUUCAGGAUUGGUGAAACCCAAAAGCCAUCUACAAUUUGACUGUUGUCCUGAGUCAAACUUCUGUAGCCUUUCCUAGGUGGUUCCCUGUGGUGGGAAAGAGGGUAUUUCCUUCAUUAAACAAAUCCAACUUCCACACCCAAUAGUUCCUGCACCUGUACUUCUGCUACCAUUUAAUAUCACUUGUACCCUUAACUUACCAGUAAUCCUGGUAGCUAUGGGAUAAAGCCAGUUGUAUAUAGUUACUAUAAAUAAACGUUAAUAUUGUCAAAUAUAGUAAAAUUGUGUAGUGUGUGAGCUUCAAAUUACACUCUUUGCUAAUUUGUUACUGUCACUUUCAAUACCAACAGCUCAAUUUACACUACUAUUACUAAUACCAGACAGCCUUUGGCAAUUGCCCUUGUUAAUUAAGCCCUCAACACUAUGAUUGAGGACUUUUGUUGAAGCCUCUGUUUUAACCCCUACUCACCUAAUGAAGUAUGGGUCUGUUUCUGCUGUCUUGUCUUGGAAGACCUUCCUCUGGAACUUCUACCAGGCACCAGAGCCCAGCAUUCCCAACUCUGUAGACACCCCUGUAGACAAGUUCUCCCUGUCCAUUCAAGUGAUUCAGCUACCCACCCCAGCAAGUCUUCAGCCAUCAAACCACUUUGUCUUCCCUCUCAGGUCUCCUUUCUUCUUCCUUGAUCCUCUUCCUCUUUGCUGUCUUCUUCUUCUGACUGCCAACCAAGAACACCAGCACAAACCCACAUGGACCAACCAGCACCCAAACAUAUAGACACUUCUUCUGCCGCCCCUUAGUCUAGCCCCAGCCCAUCACACCAUCUAUCGUGGAAUUCGGAACCUGCAGCCCUCCACCGCAAUGUGAACGCUCUCUAUCCUCCUUUUGCAUACUGAGAGUUCAAUCUCCAACCCUAUCUCAGCUGUCACUUAAGGUUACCCAACUUGACCAAGACUUCCUGCAUCAAACACAUUACGAUACUAAUUAAUGCACAGCAUAAAUGAACUCCACACAAACACCCCCAAACUCUUCCACAACCACAGGCUUGCAUCUAGCUCAAGUGCGAGGCUUUCUUUCGUCUUUGAGACUUCUGGAUCAGUGCAUCUGGCUAUUAACUGGAAGGUUGGGGGUUCAAUCCUGUGGACAGGAUUCCUGCAUUGCAAAGGGUAGGACUAGAUGGCCCUCGGGAUCCCUUCCUCAUCCCCACUGGAUUGUAAAACCAUAGAACUGGGCUACUGCUCCAAUAUAAGGGGUUGUCAUAUUGCAUUAUAUAAUAGGUUGUGUUAUUACAUUUUCCCCACUGAAAUGCAUCAUCUCCUUUCACCUUUCAUUCUUUGGAUCCAAGCCAGAGUUGUAUUAGCCCAUAUUGGGUCUUCACCUGCCCUUAACAAGCUGACAGAAAGAAUUGCGGAUACCACAGAGCUAGUUUGACGGGAAUGAUUGCCGGCAAUUUCAAGGACUUUCCCAUGCAGCCGUGAAUGAAAACAAGUUUCUGAAUGCUUCAAGGAUGCGGCUUUACAGAUGUUUUUUUUUUUACCGAAGCAUUUGGAAAAAGCACAAUGUUUUCAAGAAUAUAUUUGCUGACACAAUGGAUAUUUGUACAGAUGUGCCAGGAAGCCGUUUCUGUACUACACCUGUCCAUGUUUUGCUCUCAUAACAACUGAAAGUCCCCUAGUAAAUUUAUAUUUUUACCACAUUCCUCUUCUAGGAAUUGUUGAGGAGUACCAGUUACCUUACUAUGAUGCUGUGCCUUCUGAUCCUUCAAUAGAAGAUAUGAGAAAAGUAGUCUGUGAGCAAAAACAUAGACCAAAUAUCCCAAAUCAGUGGCAAAGCUGUGAGGUAACAUUUUCUCUUGCUUCGCGCCUUCUUUGAACUGCAACUUUUACUGUGUAUCUUAAAAGUGCAUGUUUUAAACUGAACUAAAAUAUGAAAACUUAUCUCCCCCAAACGGUUGCAUUUACCUGUCUGGUUAAGUAAAUGGGCUCAAUGUGAGGUGCAGUUCACCCCUAGAGGCCUUUCAAAUGCCAGAGUUUAAUCCACAGGUGGACAUCAUGUGACUUUCCUUUGAUGCAGCCUUCCAAACCUAGAGAGAGAGAGAAUGCAUGGAUGAUGGAAGGAUUGGGAAGAGUUUGAGUGUCUGUGGGUGGGUGGGUUUAAGAGAGUAUGUGUGAAGAAGAGAGAAAAAUGGUAUCCCAGCCACCUUUCCUUUGGUCCCACCCACUUUUUGCCCAAUAGGGAACCAGGCAGAGGGCCUUCUAGGUAGUGGCACCCUCCCAUCAGAUGUCAAGGAAAUAAACAACUAUUUCACUUUCAGAAGACAUCUGAAGGCAGCCCUGUAUAGGGAAGUUCUUAAUGUUUGAUUCUGUUCUUAAUAUUUUGUUGGGAGCCACCCAGAGUGGCUGGGGCAACCCAGUCUGAUGAUGAUAAUAAUAAUAAUAAUAAUAUGCAGCUCAUUAGGUGACCCCCCCAACCACUCUUUGCCUAGAGAAUGCAGUUCUUGGCUCCCCAGCGCAGGCUUAACUCUGGGAUAAAAGAGUAUUAAAUGUAGUGCCUCAAUCAGGUGUCGAGAAUCCUGUCCUCAUGACCAAGUGACUAUCACAUACCUGCAAACCACAAAAAAAUAUAUCUAGGAUUUCCAGCAAAAUCCUAUAUACUUCUACUAAGAAGUUAAUUGCACCAAGCACACAGGGGCUUACUGCUCAAAAGAAUUUCAGUCUUUCGUCAAAAGCAUGGCUUCCAGACAGACCUUGAGCCCUGGUGAUGGUCUAAAAAAAAGUUAACUACUGACAGUAAACUUGAGGAAUUAUAUCAACACAUGCACAACAGAAAAGAGUACCUUAGAGCAUAUUUCUGGUGAUAAAUCAGUAGCGAUUGCGGAUAUACUCCCUAUAGAACUUGGCACCCCAAUGGUAUAACCCCAUUUAAAGUGCAUUUGCAUGAGCAGAAGUUCUUUUGCAGGCCCCCCCCCCCCCAAUUUCCAUUGAUUUUCCCCUUUCCUGCUUGCAGCCCUCUUUGCCCUGCCAUGGUGUUCCUAUAGGGUCUCCCAGCCCCUCAGCAGUACUUCUUCAGGAGUGCAGGGACCUGCAGAGGGGUGGGGAGGAGGAGGCAGCAGCACAGUCUUGUUGCAUGAGCAGAAAGGUUCCAAGUUCAAAUACAAUAACAUCAUAGCUGUCAGUCCCUUAUUCCAGCGCCAUGUCCCGCUGCUGUCCCUUAUUGAUGGAUGUCCCUUAAAUGAUGUCCCUUAAAUUUCAAAGGAAGCAGCUCCUCUCCCUCCCUCCCUGCUGGCCAGGGAGGAGGGAGGCUCCAACUGUGUUGCUUGGCUGUGUUGCUCACCCAAUAAGAAGUCUAAGAACGACUAGGGGGUGGAGCUUGCAUGCCUUGUGUGCGGCUAGUUAAUGCAAGCUGAGGGGGUUUUUUGAAUGCUGGACGCCAUUUUGUUGCACAUGCUGCUGCAAACUUUGCAGUGCAAAGCCAGGCCGGGGAGCCAUCUUAAGUUGAGGCUGCAUAGGCUUCUGGUGCAUGUGAUUCAGAUUCUACUCAGUUGAACCUCUGGUUACAAAGUUGGUUGGACAGUGUUCUCGAAGCUACCAGCAUGAGUUUGACCAGACUGCAGGAGGACAGGAAGACUGGAGUGCCUGGAACAGGUGAGGCUGCAGGUCCCUUAUUUUGGCUGCUGGUCCCUUAUUUUCAAAUCUGUAAGUUGACAGCUAUGAUAACAUGUGUGUAUGAUAUAUAUACACACAUUCUGAAGCCGCUUGUUCCUGCUGGCAAUUUUCAUGCUGAAGCACUGCAACAACCAUGGAUAUGCGCUUCUUACUCUGCUUUUGCUCUUUUCUCAAGGCACUCAGAGUAAUGGGCCGGAUAAUGCGUGAGUGCUGGUACGCCAAUGGGGCAGCUCGACUGACAGCGCUUCGCAUUAAGAAGACCAUUUCUCAGCUCUACGUACAAGAAGAUUCCAAAGCUUAGAUUUGCACACCCCCACAGAAGAAGAAAGGGGAGGAAAUUCUGUUGGUUUUUGGUUGGUUGUUUGGUUUUGCAUUUGUUUUGAUUUUUUUUUCUCUCUCUCUACCUCUCAUGAUGCAGAGCACAGUAUUUAAGAGCCCAAAGCAGAGUAAUGGAAAUUAACUUCAUUGGUAUGUUCAAAGGUUAAUUUCCAGCUGGUUCAUGAUGUCCACAGACUGCCUUGCCUGGUUAAUGAAAAGUUACCCUCCUCCCUCUCUUUUUUGGAAAACCGGAUCUGGUCAAUGUUCCACUGUGUGACAUCACCCUCCCUGCGCCUGCCAUGCAAGCCCUUAUGCAUCUAAGACACAACUGAGAAAACAUGGACAAGGUCAGGAUGCAACCACACCUAGGACUUUUGUAGUCUGUGCAGAUGGUAACUGAAGAAACUAGAGCAUUUAAGGUUUGCAUUCCAAGCAAAACCUGAAUGUAAUAUUCUGCAUAUUUAUUCUGUGCUAAGAUAUAUUGCCUGCUCGAGCCACACUUUCCCCCCCUCCCUUCAGUAAAUCUCACAAGAUGAAUAGCUUUCCAGGUCACCUAAAGAACUGCGACUUAAGCCACAAGACCUCACAUGACAUAGACCUGGAGCUUUCUUCCUCAUGGGAUUUCAAGUGUGACUACAGGCCAGAGAGGCAUGUCUUGGAAAAUCUCCAUGGGAUCUGGAGCAUUAAUGCCCACUUGCAAGGAUGCUGAGCUUCUCAAGUUCCUCCUGGCUUGUGGUCCUUGAGCAGCAAUGAGCCCCCUCUCCAUCCAGGGCAUGACAAAUGUCUCUCCAGUGGAUUGCUACUAUGUUGGGUAGGGAUUCCUGAAAAUGUGCUAAGUAUAUCUGUUCUAAGCUAAGGUACAUUACAAGCAUUGUGUGACGGUAGACAAUGUUUGCAAGGGAAGCACAUUUCUCUAGCAUCUCCAGCUACAACCAAGCCACACUACCUGUUGUGUUGGCUAUAUAGCUGUGCAUUUAAGUUGUUGUGGUGGUGUUACAGAAAUUAGUAGAACAGGGAGAAGGGGAAGGGGAUUUAAACCCUUUACUCCUUGCUGUGGUACCAGUUUGGAUUGCUUCCACCCAUUCCUGCAGUUUUGCUUGGUGGGGAAUAACUCGUUUUCUUCAGUAAGAACUUUCCCCCUAUGCAAAUUGCAGCAGCAGGGGACUCAAUCUAGAUGGAACCAUAGGAAGGAUGUUAGCCCUGCCAUGCAGAUCUCUGCCCCCUCCAUUUCACACUGGAAAUCUCUAUCAAAAACCCUUCACUAGAAGGCACAGCUGUAGUUUGGCCCAAGACUAUAGAAAGCUGCUGUCAGUUGGUGUGGAUUAUAUUCAGCUUUGUGGACCAAUGAUCCAACCUGAUACAAGGCCACUUUCUAUGUUCUAAACCGUGUGCUGUUACCCUUCAAACAAGAGAGAAUCUUGGACCAAAUUCAUUGAAGCAUUUCCCACAGAAUUUUGUAAACUAGUUGGUGCAAUGUGUAUAGAAUUUGUUUCUUGUUUGGUCUUUUAUUAACCAAAUAAGAGAGGCGUUCAAUCGAACACAUAUACUGUGAAACUUAAAGUUCUCAUUAUAUGUUGCCUUAAAAGUGGCCAUUUAUUUAAUGCUUCAAAUGCAAAUUUAUACUUAAAUGUUAGAAACGGCAUUUUGUUACAUGUGUCCAGUUUCAUAUUCCAGAAUCUUAGCCAAGGACCACUGCUGUUGGGAUAAGCUUGGAUUGCGUGCUAUGUGGUGCCAAAAAUUAGAAUGAGGCUGUAGAAUAUGUCUGUGAUUCUUAAUGGAAGGAUGUCAGAAAACAAUGGGUAUUAGAUAAUGAAAAUUUGGGUAUAUAUUUUCAAAGUUAAUUUUCCAUGAAAUUUUGAAGCUGGGAGGGUGAUGAGACUAUUAAAUACAUAUAUUUAAAGAAGAGCUAUGUCUUUAGAUGUCUGUUGUUCAGGCUGGACACUGAGGUCCAGCUCUGAGGGCCUUCUGGCGGUUCCCUCACUGCAAGAAGUGAAGUUACAGGGAACCAGACAGAGGGCCUUUUCAACAGUGGCACCCACCUGUGGAAUGCCCUACCAUCAGAUGUGAAGGAGAGAAGUAACUAUACAACCUUUAGAAGACAUCUGAAGGCAGCUCUGUAUGCUUUAUUAUGGUUUUGUAUAUCCUGGAAGCCAUGCAGGGUGGCUUAAGUCAUCAUUUUGAUGUUGUAGUCAACCAAUGAUAAAAUACUGCAUGUGUGAACUGUGAGUCACAGAGCCUAUCCUUAAAAUUCAUUUUAUGGAUCAACCUGUCGCCCUCUUAUUUGCUGUCCUGCCAUUUGCUUAACUUUGUAAAAUUAGCACCAACCCUUCUGUUGCUGCAAGUCGAGUGAGAGAUGCCUAUAUGUAUGUGAGGAAUGUUCCUUCUUAAACCCCCCCCCCCGUUCUUUAAGGAAUCACUGGUAUAGUUUGAAAUCUUCUUAUAUUGAAGCCCCAUGCCUAUUGCCUGUACUGUGCAAUUCUAAUGUGAAAAAUAAAUGGCCUUGCAGGGAAAAAAUAUAUUUAACUGGAUGCUGCCACAAGCUUCAUAUUUGUGUUUUGAAAUACUUUAUGUAUGUGCUGUGUGAUCUUCUUUUGUAUGAACCUUUCUGAAAGGAACACACAUAUUCUGUGCUAGCAGGCGCCACAAAUUUAUGGCUCUGCCAGUAAAGGAGUAUUAUUAUUUUUUGUUGAUGGAAUGUGACAGAAGUGCAAUAAAUUGAAUUUGAAGGAUCCUGAAUGUAUUGGGUAAGAUGCCUAUAUCAGAAGAAAGCACAACUCUUAGAGUUCGGAGAUGCUUAAUGGUUGGGCAUAGCGCCAUUCCAGAGUAGGGAAUAUGUAGCGUUUCAAACCUGCAGGUUUCCAUAAAAGCUGUGCUUUUUUUAAUAGAAAUAGGAAUGUUUUUAUGUUCAUUAAGAGACUAGCUUCAAACAUAGUUCUGGAACUGAGUGAUGAUGUCAGUCUUCAAACUUGUACCUGGUCUAACCUUAGUGUAUACUGUAACAAGUAAAAUAUUUAUUUUUUUUAUUGCUCAAUACUGCUGCUGCCUCUGGUUGUAAAUAAUGAGUUUUGAAUGUUGUAUUUUUGAAUACCUACAUUUUUCUGAAAGUGUAUUUUUGUAAAGUGGCAAUUUUACUAUAUUAAUCCUUCUUUGCCAUUGUUUCUGUGAAGCAUAACCUCUUUUAAAGAAUAAAAACACGAUGCCUACGAAAUGUACUCUGUUCUGCUGCUAUGUCUUCCUAAAGUCAUAUAUAUCUCAUUCGACCUUGGGGUAUUUUUUGAGUAAAAACAAAACACUGACACCUCUCCCUCCCCACCCCCCACCCCAAGUCCUAAUCUUAGGUGCUUUUUAAAGCCUAGAAAUCUCUGCAUAUUGUUUGAAGAAUAGGAGAAAUAAAAUUUCUUACCUUAUUUUGCGCUGGUCAUGCUGUAUCUGUAGUACCAUGUCUAUUUGGGCACCAAAUUUUAAGAGGGAUGUUGACUGGAGCAUGGUCAUGGGAUAGUGAGCGGUCUAGAAACCAGAUCCUAAAAAAGAUUAAAAAGAUGUGGAUUACAUGGAGUAGGCAAACUAAGUCCCGGGGGCCGGAUCCGGCCCAAUCACCUUCUCAAUCCGGCCCGUGGAGGGUCUGAGAAUCAGUGUGUUUUUACAUGAGUAGAAUGUGUCCUUUUAUUUAAACUGCAUCUCUGGGUUAUUUGUGGGGCAUAGGAAUUUGUUCAUUUUAUUUAUUUUUUCAAAAUAUAGUUCGGCCCCCCACAAGGUCUGAGGGAGAGUGGACCAGCCCCCUGCUAAAAAAGUUUGCUGACCCCUGGAGUAGUAGAAAAGCAAAGGAACCAGGAAAAGGGUGGAAGGGAAGUCAUAUGGUGUAUGUAUGCAUGCUGUAUUUGGUACGAAGUUCUAAGUGGGACAGGGGGAUGGGGGGGGUUAACUAUGCUUUGUGUUCCUGUUUUGG